GACUUCAACGCCCGGCUCAGUUUAUGGCUGUCGUUCGGUGACUACGUUUCGAUACCGUUCAUACUAUACGCACGUUCAAUAAAAGUUCCCGUUACGCAUCGAGUGCAAUACGAACAUAUUAUUGUUGGUUGUUUUUUGAUAAUUUUUUCCAGUAUUUAUUUUUGAAAACUUUGUCAGGAUAAACGACUAUAUAUACUUACCUACUAGUAUUUCGUCAGUCUAUAAUAUAUUUUUGAUUUGCCUAUAUUAUACAUAAAUAGUGUUUUUAAAGGUCGGUUUUGUGGAUUAUACUCUGUAGUUGUGUGUACACCCGUGUGCGAGUGAUUUAUAUAAACGCUUAAACAGUUUUAUAUUAUAGUCUGUCCAAAAAUAUGUACUGAAUACGCUGUUUCCGGUGUGAUCGACUCGAAAAUGUGAUAAACGUCCAUACGGUGAUGAUGAGGAGGAGUAAUUCUAUAAUGGCAACGACAUUGCUGCUCGUCAUAAUCGCCAUCAUUGGUAUGUCAUUAAUUAUUAUUGAAAAUAUUAAAACAAUUUUAUUCUAUUUCUAUCGUACCUAAUUGAAAUAACCCAAGUUUUUCACUAAACGGUAAAAUGUAUUUUACUAACACGGUAACGAUUUUUGAGCAAAUUAAAUAGGUACCACGGAAAAAAAAAUUGUAUUUUAUUGUAAAUCGAUUUAUAUAGAAAAUAUUAACGUAAACUACUGUAGUAUGUAUUUUAUGUACUGUUGGUUUGAUUUUCUUCAGUGGUCAGAAAAGGAUACUAAAUUAUGUUCAGGCAUACAAGUUAUAUGUAGAAUAUUUUCUUUUCUGAGAAGCCUAGCAACUGUCUCAAUAUACUCACCACCAGCAGCCUUCCUUCUCUUAUGAACUUAUUAGUAAUAAAUUAUUAUUAGUUUUUACUUCAAUAAUGUUCUACAUAGUAUAUGGCUCUACAUUUUUACAUCAAAAGCCGAGUUAAGCAUCCAAUUGGUCCCGAAACAGAACUUGAAAACAGAUCCUCUUUGGAAUCAUUUUAUGUACACAUUAUUGUAACAUAAGUAUAUGUACACAUGUUUAACAAACAUUUUAUGAACAUUAAUGAAGACACGGUGGGUCCUCCACAUUCGAACAUGGCUUACUUUCAUCACCAACCACCCAUGAUCUGCGACCUACCCACCAGUUUCGAUUAAAGCGCAAGCCUCAAUAAACAGUUUUGAUGGCUUAUUGUCACCACGACACAGAGGCAUAAUUUAUAAAAUAUUACGCACGGUUCCGAAGUAUAAUACUGCAGCCGGGUAACGGCUGUCAUUCGACAGCUAUACUACUAUAUGUUCCUAUACCUAUUUAGUUGUAAAAAAAAUAUAUGCAUAUAUAUAUAUAUGUAUAUUAUACAUAUUUAUAUAUUGUUUAAAUAACGAUAACGCAACGUUAGUAAAAAAAAAUAUUUAAAGACCGUGGUCAUGUUAUAUUAUUAGGUAAAGAAUAUGCGUAAUAUUAAUAUUAUUAUUAUUAUUAUUAUUAUUUUUUGGCUGCAGAUGUGUAGGUAUACCUAUAUAUUAUAACGUCCUAUACGGUGGACCAAAUCGAUUUAAUUCGGUGAAACCGAAUUAGUGCCUAUAUAAUAUAAUAAUCGAAAAUAUCAACUCUAUUACGUACGGUUUAGUCGUGUAUGUAUAUAUAACAAUAUUGCCUGUAUUAUAAUUUAUAAUAUAUUGAGACCACGCGAGGGGAAAUCGACCGAAGACUUGUGUAUUAUGUUAUUAUAUUAUGUAGGUACCCACGAUUUUUUCGUACAUUUCCUAUGUACCACAUAUAUAAUAGAUAGCAUCAAAUCAUAUAGAUGGUAUUAAGCAACGAUAAUCGACACGCGUAGACCACCGGUAACAAAAAAACUAUAGGUAUAUAAUAAUGUAAUAUAUCGGAAACGAAAUAAAUCGUCUGACGAUAAUAAUAUUAUUAUCAAUCGAAGUAAAAUCGGCAUAGUAAGUUGAAUGACUUGUAUAGUAAUCGAUGUUUAUUUCAGGGAAGUGGCCGGGAGAGUAUUACUCCCCCGCAGAUUUAAUACCAUCCCUUGAAAAUGAAUCACAUCACUACGUAAACAACUACAUGUGACAUAUGGUACGUAAUAGAGUUAUGGGUCGGUUAUAAAUCAUCUUGUUGACAAUAAAAUAAAAAAAAAUAUUGUGUUAUAUAAAUUACCGUAUUUGUAAUGAGUUACAAAAAAAAAUAAUCAUUGAGUAAUCAUUUUCUUAAUUUUUUUUCCAUGACUAAAAAUGUCUAGAUCCGGCUUUUGGCAUAACCUCUUGGAAAUUAAUGCCCCCCCUCCCCCGAAAAUGAAGGCCUAAAAUAAACACUGAUAGUAACUGCGGUGCAGACGUCUACUUAAGGCGCUGAAUGGUCCUGUUCGUAGCCUUUUCAAAAUAAUUUUUAGCAACAAAUUCAAAACAUUAAUAAUUAACAUUAUAUCUAGUCAUAGCUAUUAGAGCCAUUAGUUUUACUUUUUGACAUUUUAGAUACGUGCGUCAAGUUUGCCCUCACAAAUAAUUGGCUCCAAACUUUCACCAAUAUUUGGAAACUUAUUUGGAACUAUUUGGAAUCUUAAUUAUGUUCCGAGUUUGGAACUUUAAAUUUUUCUUGCAAAAAAUGUUUUUUAUAAUAUAAUAUGGGGAGGCUCACUUCACGCGUGUAUCUAAUGUAGAUAUUUGUUUAUUACGCUUUACACUACAAGACCAAUUCGAAUAAAGAAUAUAAUAUUUAAAGUUUAAAGUGAAUCCCAAUACUACAAUAGUAUUCGCAAUUAUAAAUAAAAUACAAAAUACAAAAUCGAACCAAUAAACAUAAAUAUUACAAAGAAAAAAAAAAUUUUUUUUCAAUUUUUCAAGCAGCAUGAACAUUUUAAAUGAAAUAUUUCAUACUCAUACCCUGCUGAUAGUAUGUAGAUGCCUACAUUAGUUACUGAUUGUUGGGAGGGAGGAGGAAAAAAUAUAUUAUCUUUGGCUUGUUGCAAGAAAGGUCAAUGUCAUAAAAAUAAAAUGUAUUUAUUACAAUAACAUUAUAGGCUUAACGUUAAAUUUUUGGAAAUAAAUCAAUUUUUUUCGACUUCCAAUUUUCAAUUUAUUUACAUUUUAGAUUAUAAGCGAAGCGAGGAAUGUAUUUAUUUAUUUUACAGUGAUGUUUAUUUUUAUAUUAUUUUUUAAAUACAUUGUAUUGUGUACAAAAAUUCUACCAGAAAUCUUGUUCCAAUGUAUCAAGUAUAACAUCUUUCUUAAAAGGGAAUUUUAUCUAGUUGGUGCUUCUAGGAAGGUCAGUUUUAGAUUUUCCAACCAGUUUCCAUAAUAAUAAGAAAAAUCAUAGGAAAAACGGGAAAAUGUACAAAAAAACUAUUAAAACAUGUGUAACCAAACUUCGUUCAGAAUCGUUUUCCAUUAGCAAUGAUUAAUCGUAACAUACAGACGUAUAUUCAAUUCUUCUCUAUACCUUGUCUUCCCAACUUUUCACAUACACACCAGUGGCCAACCCAUCGUGCGAAGUAUGUCAGUCUUUUUUUUUUCUUUUGACAUUGACCCUUCUUGCACUGAAUGAUAGCUAUAUAUAUUGUAUUAUACUACACACUACAUGGAGAAAAAAGACGUGCCAACGAACGCGCAAAGAAUUCGCGAGCGAUGCUGCAGCGGUGGCAAUGACAACAACGGCAGCGGCGCGACGGUAGCAAUAAAAUAAAAUCCGAUACAUCGGUUUCCUGUGUCUUACGGUCAAAACGUGAACGGCUAUCGUCGUCGGUUAGGUUAUUAAUUUUUUUCCUGUUUACCCGCAGGACCGUGACCCGCGGUACGUCUACCGUCUUUUGUUCUUAAAAUAAUAUAAUAUAAUAUAAGAGAAAGUGAAUAUUCUCUGUCGUGGUGAGUGUGUGUGUGUGUGUGUGUGUGUGUGUCCGUGAUCGUCAUCGAAAUUUCCAAGCGUUCUCAUACGGAACUCUCCGGUAUAACGAUCGCAACGUUUACGUAACCGUCCUUCGAGAUCGCGCACCACUGCCGCCUGCUAUACAAGUAGAAUAUUAUCAUCACGUAGUUCGAACCGAGCCCGUUUGCGUGUAGCGCGUCUACAGAGAAAGGAAGUUCGAGAGAGAGAAAAACAGAAAGAGGGUCUCUAGUAAAAAAAAAAAAAAAACAACCCAAAGAUCUGUCUUUAAAUUGAUAUGGCUAUAAUGCACAGCGUCAAUUUACGUGAAAUCGAUCGUUAAUUGAAUAUAAUUACUAGAUGACUAAUACAGUGAUACUAGUGGCUAUUUUUCUGACUUUCCGCUGUACACACAUUCAGUUAAAUUCGAUUACUUACACCUAACCUGACUUAACAAUUACACUUUUAUAUUUCGUUUAUAUUUUGGAGGAUACAAUCUUUAAAUGAAUUCAUACAUCCAUUAUUCAAAGGGUAUAGCGCAGUCGCGUAAUUGUUUAAUCGUGAAAUUAUAUUGUUUAAAUUAUUGACGCAAAACAGAUAAGUACCCUACAAUAUAAUCUUUAACCUAAUCACAGUCAUUUUAGAUUCUGAGCCCUUUGAGCUACCUGUAUUGGUUCUAUUAUGUUAUUGUGUCGUGCUUACUUUUUUUUUUUUUUUGGGGACCCCGUACAACUUUUCUACCAGAUGUCUUACUCUUGCAAUCAAAAAUAACAAAAGAUCUAUUUUGGUGCAUUUUUGAUCUAGUGUAUGCAUUAAGAAGAUUGAUUUUUCAAGCAGUUUUCAGUUAGCAGUUAGGGAAAAAAAAACGCUAUAGAAUGACUGUAUACAAAAAUUAUCAUUGUAAUCGGACCUUUGAAGCUUUACGGGCGUUUUCACCAUAAGGCAUGUUUUUGAGUAAAAAAAAAAUCGUAUUGGCACCUGAAACUUAAACAAAUAGAAAAAAAGAAACGAAAUCUCUCGAAAAUUUAAGGCCAGAUGUGUGUUUGUGUGUGUGUGUUAUUUUCGUAUGAUUUAUUAAUAUCAUUAUAUCAUUAUGAAUACAAAGACAUAAGUAUAUAAUACAUAAUACGCGGAUACGGUCCGACCACACUUAUAGUGGUAUGGGAUUUCUCUACGUACGAGAAAAUGUACCUGCUAUUAUUUUUCGUCAGUUUUCGUUCAAUAAAACGCCACCGACGGGAUACUACAUUAUCGUAAAUUAUUACCCCCUUCGGUUAUGCCCGGAAAUCAAUUCACACUAACUGACGGUAAAAUGAUUUUGCGUUUUGUCCGUAUAAUAUAACAUUAUUAUCAUUAUAUUCGUAAUAAUCAAUCGUAAAUCGUGAUUAUAAUAAUAAAAAUAUUCGUAGAUACAAUCAAAAAAAAAAAAAAUUGUAUCUAUUAUACAUUUACAGUUAAAAAACGUUAGAAAAGUAAUUAAUUUCGUCGUAUAAAACACGCAUUUUACUUUUAGAUAAAUAAUUUUUAAAAAACACGUCGUCGAAUAAAAAGUCUAAUCUAAUUUCAAUAAAACACGAUGAGUAUUAGUAGUACGGUAGGUACUACAAUUUAUUGUUUAUUUUUUAAGCAUGUUGUGUGAAAAUCAAUUCAUUAAAUUAUUCGACACAUACCUACAUUUUUGUAGGACAAUUAAAUUAGUUUCGUAGUUUCGUUAAAUGAUUGCGAUCGACUGCAUUAGUUUGGUCUAUUCGCGGUUAAUUAAAACACAGUAUAGUUCUUCGAGUCGCAUGAAUUCACCAAAAAACAAUUUUUUUUUUUAAGAUCUUUUUAAUUAAUUUUACAACCGCUGAUUUCGUACAAUGACCUCUUCGAAUGAUAAGUCAACAACAUCUUUAUAAUUAAAAAAAAAAAAUCUUAUACUGAUGACGGGCGUGCCACUGUUCUAAGUGAGAAGUCGGUAAGGUAGGAUAUAGAGUUAUUUAAAUUAUAUUUGAUAAAUCAUUGUUAACAAAAAACGAUUCUGAGUUAAGUUCGCUUAAACAAUUAUUAAAUUAAAUAAUGAAAAAUAAUAAUAAUCUUUAAACAAUGAAACCGUUGUUGUAUACGUUUUUCUGUUCUUCUCAAGUUUUUCCCCGGAUUAACUCAAGUUUUUUCACACAUACAAAAAAAACUACUAAGAAUAUCAAAUAACGGUUUCUUUAAUACAACAGCCAGACAAAGUUUGCUUUCAGAAAAGAUGCUACACUUUAAAAACACGCAUUUUAAAAAAUCAAUACAUUCCUCGCUGUGUUCAGAAUCUAAAAUAUAUAGGUAUUAAGGUAUGUAUGUAUACUAUCCACAGAAAAAUAAAAACGGUAAAAUAUUCUAGAUUCUAGAAAUGAAAAACGUAUUUAAAUACAUAAUAUUUGCGGCUAUGCUCAAAACGAUAUACCUAUAUUGGUAUAUAAUAUAUCAUUAUUCAUUACAUUUCAGUUGAAUAUUCGGUUUGACGGAAAAUAUAUAUUUUUUACUGAAUAGGAAAAUUGUUAACAAUACUGCCCAAUACUGAACAGUUUGACAACAUAUAACAUUAUACAAAUAGGUAAUCCUAAUAAUAGGAAUAAUUCCAAUAUACAGUGUGUUGCACUUCCAGGUGUAGCCAACACAGAGCUAAUGCGACUGCGCCUUUUUUUGAUGACGGAGAGUCCCCGCCGAUGUCUAUUGGUUGAAGGUUUCGGAGAGAUAAUUAUAAAUAUUAUUUCAAACGAAAAUUAGUGACUUCAUUGUGCGUGAAUAAAAAACUACAUAUACAUUUACAACUUAGGGAGAUUUAAAAAGGUCCAGACGUUUAAAAAGAAAAUACAAACUUGAGGAUAAAUUUCAAUAUUUUAAUCCUUUCGGUGUGCAUAUGCACAAAACAAUCUUUUUUUUUUUUAAAUAUAUUAUACCUAUAUUUUCGAUACAUUAGAUUCGAAUAGCUAUUUAAAUUUUUUUUUUUUAUUUCGAAAAUUACUUGAGAUACAAACUCGGUCUAGAUUUGGUUAAGAAAUAUGAUUUUUUUUUUAUCGAUUUUUGAAAAAACUUAAAUUUUAUGACUUUAGAAUUGAAGACAUUUCACUACCGUUUCAAGGGGAAAAAAUACUAUUUGUAAAACUAUUUAUAAAAUAAUGCUUACAGAAUAAUAACAAACGUUUUAAAUUUGUUAAAAAAUCCAUUAAAAAUAAAAAUAUUUUUUAACUAACUUUUGAUGGUUGUAUCUCAGGUAAUUUUUGUGACAAAAAAGAAUUCUAUUUAUCAAAGCUGUUUUAACAAAUUGAAACCAUUCGAAUCGAAUAUCGGAGUUACUAUUAAAAAGAUAAAGUAAUUUGUAAUGUGCAUAUGCACACCGAAAUGUUUAGAAAUUGAAAUGCAUCCUUUAGUACGUAUUUCAGUAACUGCUUUGUCACCUCUCAAAACGGAAUUAAAAUCCAAGGUCACCCGGUUGAAAUAUUUAAUAAUUCUUAGAAACGUGAACACACGCUAUGUCUAUACCUCGGUAAUUUACAACAACGAAAAUACUAUAGGUAUGUAUUAAUUAUUAUUUUAUAUAAUUUCAAACAAAAAAUUACAGAUAUACCCAAUAUAUUGUACACAUUGUGAAUUAUUCUGAAUUUAUGAAAUAAUGAUAAUAACGUAUAAAAAAAAAUACCUUUAUGUAAUUUUUUCCCGUGAUCAUAUACCUAGUUCCAUUUUUGACAUAAAAUAACAAUUAUUAUUCAUUAGUUCGAAUUAUUUUUGAGAUGAAACAACGACAUACCAUCCGACUAUAUCACAAAAAUUUAAUGGGAAUCAAAUACAAACAAACGCAUGACUCUUUCAUUCUUAUUUCAUGUACGUAUAAAAAUUAAAUCAUGUUUAUACUAUGAAUAGCAAAUGCAUAAAUAAAAGUAAAACAAUAAUAUGUAAUUUAAUAGUACAGUGUAAUUGGAUUAUAAUAUAUUACGCAAUUGAUCGAAUGCCAGAGUGUCCUUGGUCUUAUAAGCGCGUGCACUUGUCACGUUUAAUAGAAAGUAGAAUGCAUGAAUUAUUAUUAUAUAGUUGAUUUCUUUCCCAGCCCAUCUAUUUUAUUAUACGGGAUUGUUUAUUAUACAUACAAUAGUAAACUAAUUAUAUUUGAUUAUUAUCAUUCAGGAAGUGAUAUGAAUAACAAACAAUUAACAGGUUGUCUGAAAUUAUUAUCUAAAAAUCUUUGUUUUAUUUUUAAUUUUUUAGCGUAAGAUAUACGGAGUAGACAAUGAUUCAGUUGUCACAUUAUACAAAAAUGAUAUCAGCACAAAAUUUAAUCUCAAACAAUAAUUUGUAUUUAUUUUUCUAAAUUUGAACCUAUACCUAUACAAUUAAAUAAAUAACUCUAGUGUUAGAUUAACAUCGUCUAAGUUAUACACCCUGCAUUAUUUUGUAUUUAGAUUGAAAGUCUGAAUAAUUAUUGUUAUUUAACGAUAAAUAGAAAAAUUUAUCUAUACCAGCUAUUAGUCCGAUAUUAGGUUUACUUUAAUAUCGGUUUAGCUGCAAUAUUAAUGCAAUGGGUAUAAUUAAAAAAUCAUGCAUCCAAAAAGAAAUAAAUUAAAACACACACUGUCUAAUUAUAAUUAGUGAUUUUUACUUUUCACUGAUCAAAUGAUAACUCACGAAAGCAAGCUCGUAUUUAAAAGUGCUCCUACAGAUAGUCUGCCCCGAAUAAGAUAAUACCAUUAGCCUCAACGCAGAUUCCCGAAGUGAGUGUCACGGACCUCCCGGCGGCCAUGGACCACAGCAGCUCAAAAGCCAUUAUUAUAAAAUAAAUAAUACUUUUUUUUUCGUAAUAUUUCCGUCCCCGAUAUUGGUUAUUUGUUUUACACUUGUUCACAAACGUUUCAAAAUCGAUUAUUAUAUCGUUUGUACGUUAUGGAGUUCGAUAAUAAUAAUACUAAUAAGUAAUAACCAAUCGAGUUUUUUUGGAUUCUGGAAGACGUAGGAUUAAUAACAACAUUAAAUUCUCGACCGUGAAAACGCAAACGUAGGAAAUGUAAUGGAAAUUAUGGAACUAAUUAAUUCGGCGCGGUUGAAGUGACACGACGAUCCGCAGGCAUAUCUACUAUCGUAAGACAAUUGAUAAGAGGUCGCGGACGCAACAUUUUACUAUAUAGCCAACCGUACUCGCUCAAAAUAUCAAAAUACUAUAACCAUUUUGUUUUACACAAUAUAAUACAAAAAUUAUAAAAAGGGUUCUUGAAUAUUACACUCAGAAAAAAAUACGCUGCUUUAAUGAAAACCGCCUAUUAAUAAUUAAUGAAAAACGGGUCAUGAUUUCGAUCCUAUGAAGACGUUAUGUAAUACAUUUGUAAAAAGUUUAUUUAUUGGUUUUCCAAAGACGUGUCUUAGGUUUUUACUCGGGACACUGAUUUCCUUGGAGCAUCGUAGAGUAUACUGUUUGGACGUGGCAGAUUUUUUUUUGUUUUUCGUCGUUAUAGUGUGGUUGCGCUUGCAAUUCCUUCGGAAGCCCCGUGAAUAGAUGAUAUCCUAUGAUACCCGUGCGCGGGCGGAUGGGUGCGUGCGUGGCGCUUUAUCGUCAUAUUUGCAAAACACAUUUUAGCGAAAAAAAGCGAAGUGCGGUCGUGUCUGCGAGUAACAUUGAAUAAUUUCCGAUUCUUCCGGGCUUUAGUCGUACGGCGUUCAAUUUGAAUUUUAAUUUUUCGCGCCGCCACUGCGUUCCCGUAUCGUUUUUUUCCCCCGCCGGCCGGAUACCUGCGUAACGACCCCGUGGGUCGAUCGGUCCCGGGGUGGCGGGACGUAUAAAUAGUAGAAAUAUUACGUGCAUUAUUGUUAUAGGAGGCGCGGCCGAAAUCCGUUCGGUUCCCGAGUUCUCGCGGCCGCGGAUAAUCGCGUCUGUUUGCAGUUAUCCUCGAUGAUGAUAAUAAUACGUAAACGGUAACGACUGACAGUAACAACAACGACGGCGCCGGGCGACGCAACCGCACGCUACGGUUACUGUAUUAUACCGUGCGAGACGGACACAAUGGGUACGGUGUUAUUGUUGCAAAACUCGCGCGCGCGUGCGUGCAGUGCGUAUCGCCAGUGUUCCGGGCGUUUCGCGAGAGAAGAAUCUCUUUUCCCGCGCCGUUUAUACACCUACGCACACACGUACGCUAUACGAGUGUUUAUGUAUAUUUACACACACGUAUCAGCUAUGUACAAUACGUAUUGCACUCGUGUACGCUAUAUUAUUAUUGUGCAUACCUGCGAGUGCAUACGUUGUGCACGUAUACGAACCGAACGCGUCGUAAGGGCCACUACACGGCGGAUUACGUCCGGCACGGGAGUCCGCUUGCGAACGCGCAGUACACGUGUAUAACACGACUAUUAUUACGUAUAUCUACGUAUACAACGAUAAGGUAUGCGUGGCCUGUAAUAACAUAUACGUAUCGGACGGUCAGUGUUCGGGCCGAGGCGCGGACGGCAACACGACGAUGACAAUAACACAAUAUUUAAUUACGAUGGAGAUUUCGAUCGUUGCGCGACGGUAACAAAUCGAUUAAAAAUCACGUUAGCCCUAGGGGUGCUUUGAUGAUUGACCUCAUUUGGCCGCCAUUCUGGGGACCUAGCCUCUCUUAAGAUUGGUAUAGCCAUGUCCUGUCUACGUCUUCAUUAUCUAUGGGUGCGACGACCGGUAAGGGAUUUAUCAACAGAAUUUUCGGAACGAGACAAAUAAGCUGUACCCUGCGUUUCGGCGUAUAUGAUUCGUAUGCGUGCGUUCCAUAAUAUUAUCGCGAUAACAGCGAAAAGAACACAACACGAAUACAUGAAUUAUAAAAAGUUUUUAUCUUAUCGCUGGAACGGUUUAAAAAAAGUGAACUCACUGGGUGGUUGCGCGUGGUUGGUUUUACACGUGACAUAUAAUAUUAGGUACACACGAAACACUUACGCGUUAUAAAUCGUAAUAAUAAUAACAGAUUCGUUACUUAUUUUCGGUAAUCAAUUCUGAACUUGGUUUGUAACAAUCAUCCGACCUUCCAUAUUACUCACGUUCCUCUUGACUCCUUCACACACACUUCCACGUCAGUCGUCACGUUUCGUCGCUACGUUAAAAAAUCGUCAAAAACAUCCGUUUGGAUUACACUCUGUACGUAUGUUUUAGGAUGGUUUUUCUUGAUAUUUUGGUUAAUAUUACAUGAAAUAAAAAGGUUCCUUUAAAAAAACCAACAUUUUAUUUUCACACGUUCGUUUUAUUACUUUCUUUAUACGAGUGCACUUCUGUAUACUUCUAAGCAAUACUUAUACUGUUCUAAUGUGUGCGAAUUCUCGCUCUGUUUCUCGAUUUAAAUCAAAUACGUAUUAUAUUGUUGUCUCGUCCAUAGUGUUAUUAAACACAUCAGAUAGUGGACCCGGUAAAUAGAAAUAAGUUUAAAUUUAGAAAAAAAAAUAAUUAUUGAAAUUUAAACGUAUUUAUUUGCGACGAAUCUUACUCCUAAACGGUGAAAGUACUAAUUUCGGCGGGCCCUUCAUAAAUUCAAUUUCAGAUUUGGGCUUUGGGCCCGAACCCCUCGUCCCACACACACACACACACACAUACAAGCAUUUUAGUAUUUUUCCCGUUUAUUUUCUCAGGGUCUUCCAAAAUUCAGGAUCUGGCUUUUAAAUCACCGAUGAUUGCCGUGGUUUAGCUAUAGUCGGAUAGAAAUGACGAUUUUACGAUUGUUAUUCGCUACAUCCCCUCUUCCGUUGAAAAUUCCCGGGCACGCCGCCGAUGCGAGUGCAAUUGUAUACGUACAGCACGACCGGACUGACGGACGGACGUGUCGUUGAACUCACGCGCGCUCGAGUCGACUCGUCGACGAUAUUAUUAUUAUUAUUAUUGUUGUUGCGGUCCGAGAACGGCCGACGGCGACACAUAUACGCGGCGAGACGAGUAUACCCUAUUGACAGGCGUAAAACUGCACAUUCGGCGGGGCUGAAUAAGAUAAUAACAUUAUUAUUAUUGUUGUUGUUAUUAUCGUUUCGUAUAUUCUCUCACGAAACCGCGAGACGGACGCGGUCUCUCCGUUCGGUCAUCCGCGGAAUGGAUGCCCCCGCGUGUAUUGUUGAACAAUGAAUCGCACGGGUACGCGCACGUCGUCGUGGCCGUCGCGUAUAGCGUGCAAUAUAAUGGAAUCGAAUUUUCGUUACGAUAACAAUAUGUAACGUCGCCGUCAUGUUAUUACCAUUUUGUUCGGCGCGCCAACAUAUUGUUGUUAUACAACACAAUAUGUAUUGUACAGUACGAGUAGUAGGAAAAUUCCCUGCUACAGGUACGUGUCGUAAUAAUAUUAUAGGUACACGGGUACAUUGAUGUUACCCCGAGUGCGUGCAGUCAUCGGAUAAAUGGAAGCGGCGGCGCGAAUGAGAAUUUCGAGGUGCGCGCGCGGUGGGUGUGACUGGUAUUGUUCACAUUACAGGUUGACUAGAAUCAUCGGGAAUAAAUAUUACGAGCGAGGUUGUUAGGACAUCGGGUAGACCGACUACGGCGAGAUAUCGGGGGAAAUCGAAAUAUUUAAUAAUAACCGAAAAGUCGAUAAUCAAACGAUUAAAUGCGUCGUCGUUUUCGUUUCUAUACAUAGCCUAAGAAUAAAAUAUAACUUUUGGGAUCCCGAGAAUUUCGAACGCUGUCGUGUACCUACUGGCUACCGAGUAUAAUUAUUAUUUCCGCUACACUCGUACUUCGCAGUACUUUUGUUCCGAAUACUUGUGUACAGUAUGUGCGUCUGUUUUCAUAUUAAAUUGUUCUUUGCCGCCUGUUUUCUUAUAUGUUAUCGCAUCUAAACGCUCGAAACGAUUCAUUUUUAUAAUUAGCGAUACACUCGAUAUAACAAUUAUCUAUAAGCCAAUAUACUUUAUGUAUUAUUUAUGGUAUGUAAAUAUAAAAAUUCUAAUCAAAUAAACGAACGUAACAGUAUAUUUUCGUUAAAGUAAGAGCGCUCUUGUGAAUACUAAAUAUGUGUAUAUAACUGUAUAAGCGUCGUUAAAAUAUAAUAAACGUCAUUCAUUAAGUUCGCUAUUGUGCUACUGUUCUACUGUACGAGUAUUAACAAUUAUAUUUAAUUGAGAAUAGAAAUAUAAUUGGUUAAAAUUCGGUUAGGAAAAUAAUAUUACUUAAUUCUGAAAUGUAGACAAAUUCAAGAAGAAAAUUAAGAAUAUAUGUGAUUUUACUAAAAAAAAAAAAAAAAAAUCCAACUUAACUAUAAACUCUUACAGAGAUAAUAUUGUAGUAAAAUUACACCUAACCUUGCAGCGAUUUUAUGUCCAUUAUAGAUAACGGCAAUCGAUUUUAAAUGCGAUUGUUUUAUUAUAUGUAAUACAAUAUAAUACAAAAAUAAUUAGGAUGUAUACAGUUAAUUAUAAUUUUGUGAGUUGUAAUAAUAUUUUAGAAAGAAAACUUUCAUAUAUUAUUGCGAGACGUUAUCAUACAUUUUGUGAGUCAUGGCUUUUCUUACUAAUUAUUAUACGUAUGCAAUGUAUUCCACCUGCAUGAUGUGUGUGAAACUUAAAGAUGACCUUUAAUAUAACUAUAGCCAGUGGUGGCUUUUAAUUUGAAUCAUUGAUUUUAUUCUCCAUCCACUCCGACCCAAAAAUACCCCCAACCUACCACAAAUCUAUUGACGUUUAUGAAAUGUCAAUAAAAUUUGUUAAAUUUAUUAAAUUUCCGCAGUCUAAAAUUUUUCUAAUGCCUUUUGUUAUGCAAAAACAUAAUAAUAAUUUGUUGUUAUUUUUCUGAACACCCAGGCACUCACGAUCCACCCCUCCCCCCCCAGUAUUUUUAUGACUCACGUGAUUUAAAUAUACUUCCUUCGAACCGCAACUGCCUAUGGCUGUAACCUGGAUAAUAUAUUAGGAAUAUUUUAUUUCGCGUUAUUCUAAAGGGUUCGUAUACGAUAAUUGUCUAUUGUUAACCGUAAAGUCAAUACGGAUAUAUUUUUAUAAUAAUAACGUAAUAACCGUACGCGACAGCGUACAAUGUGUAAAAAACGACGAAGAGAAAACAAAAUUCUUUGCUCUUUCAUUCGGAAGGAAUUGACACGGGUAAACGGAGAUACCAAUCACUGCAAAUAGAACUUCACUGGCAACAAUGACUAAAGGAAAAAAUACGUUGUUCUACGGAAAAUAUACAAUGGCGACCUUGUGUUAUUUCGUUCCUCUCUGUGAAAUGUUUCCCGGACAGUAAAAAAAUACACGUUGCCGUGUUCACCGAACAAAAUGAAAAUCGAUCAUGUUAACUAUAAUUGAAAAAAAAAAAAACGAUAGACGGUUUGAAUUCACUACCGUCAAAGAUAACUCCUCGAAAUAACUGUGAAUAGGAAUAUGAAAAAAAAAAAAAAUCGAUAGGCACUAUUCGACAAGUAAAAAAGAGAUUCUCUAAAUCGGGUUUAUAUAUAUUACAUAGAUAUAUAAUAUAUUUUUAUUAUAUAGUAAGGUGAACCGUAAAAUCACGUUCGCUAUAUUAUCGGUGUGGUUCAUCGAACGCAUAACUGUGUUGCCGUGUAGUGUUAGUAUGAAUGUAAACAAUCAUACGAAUAACAGAUCACGAAUACAAAAUCUCAGUGCAACCAUAUCUAAUUCUUUACCAAUUUAAACGGUAAGACGACUUCAGUGAGCGUUUCGCUUCAGACUGCAGUAUGUUUGGAUAUGAAUAAACGAAAUAUCUAAGUCUGAAGAAAAAUGCAUAUAGGUAUGAUGAGGUAACUGUAGAUUCACGUGUCCGCCGUCGUAAUUUCACCGGCCACUCUUCAAAAUGUUAUGCCAUAUAACAACAUACAUGAAUAUAUGAAACAUGGACAUUCAAGGUCGGAAUUGGCCGAAAUUCCCUCAAAACACAAAAACUGAUUUCCAGUCAUCAGAUUCUCUGAAGAAACCGCUUCACGUGCAUUUGUCGUCUGCGUCUUACUAACGCACGAUCGCGACGUAUAUCAAAAUAUUUGCGCUCACCAGAACUAAUGUCGUGCUGUCUGUUUUAAUCUUAACGAGUGAAUUGACCUGUUAUCAAAAUUAAAGUGGAGACUGUAUCCAGUGGCGUACACACAGGGGGAGAUUUAAGUGUUCUAACCACCAGUGGUAUUUUUUACGCAAGAUAGAUUAAAUAGAUUGUCCACGUUAUCGGUAUACCGGGGGCUAUGCCUUUAAUUCCUAAAAACGUCACUGAUGAGUUGAGACGAAAACCGAGGAAAUUAGAUAUUGUUCUAUGAUAAAAAUAAAUCAUUGUUAAGCAACAUAAUAUUUUAAUAUGUAUACAUUAUAUAUAAUUGUUCAAUGCAACCCUCCACCCCCUUAACCCAUUGAAAAUAUCUGUGUUUUUAUACGCUGGUGGUUUUCGUUGUUUUAAUUUUUAAGCGAGCGAUAUGAGUGCGUGUGAAACAUCGCAAUUUAAAAAUUCGUAUACACAAAAUACAAUUCAAAUGUCGAGUAAAACCGACGUACAAUCACAGCGAGACGAUGAUGCGGUUUCUUUUGGUUUGAUAACAACAAGCCAAUUCGCUCUUAAAUAUUAUAACAAACGGCAAAAAAAAAAAAAAAAAAUUGGAUUUACCGAACGUAAAUUUGCUACACAUCGUCGGUGUAUACGUGGUUUUCCAAUACAACACGACCGAUACACUGCGACUCGGAUUGUUGAACGAUAAUAAUCGUCGUUUACCUAUAUAUAAAUAUACGCGUAAAAUCCCCGGGCGUCGGGCGGUAUACUUAAUGUCGACCGGAAUUACACGAGCCGAAAAAUUAAAAUAAUACUUUUGUUCGCGAAUGUAUAUAUAGUACCCAUAAUAAUAAUAUUAAUCUCGGCUAUUCGCGAACGAUCGCCUGCGGCAUGCUAUUGUCACGUCGACUAUUACAAUAUUAUUACGCGUGUAUAUAGUUACAAAACAAUACUGAAAAGACGCGACGGUAUAGGUAUUAUAGUUUUCUUUUUUUUUCGUUUUUUCUCCCCGGACCGCGCGUUUAAUAACACUUUUUACGCGCAUAUUCCGUCACCGACAAUUAUAUCUGGGUCGUCGUCUGCGGACGAUUAUAACACGGCGGACGUAUACAUUUUUUUUUUUUUUUUUCCACUAGCUCUACGCGAUAUUAUUAUUAUUAUUAUUAUUUUCGGUCACCUCGUUCGCGCGCGCGCGCGUUGGCCCCGCCGCGUUGGUCCAGUUACCGCGCGCCCUCGUGUGUGGCACACGCUCGUUUACACACGCGGCCGAAACUUUUUUUUUUUUUAUCAACAACAAUACGAAUUUUUACUAUUAUUAUACUGUACGCCUACUCGUUCGUUAUUAAACACGUCGUAUCGGUGCACGGUCGUCCGGGAAACCGCGAAUAUACUCCGGUAAAAUAUUGUUGUAUACAUACAUGUGUAUAUAUAUAUAUAUAUAUAUGUAUAAUGUAUUUUAUACGGGUUUAUUACACGUGUACGUGAUUCGGUCGACGGACGUACCGGAAUGAGAGCAUAACCCGUACGCGUAUAUUGUUAUUGUACACACGAUAGCGUAUCGUCGGACGACCGACUCCCGUGUUCUGUAUGAUAUUAUUGCGUGUGUGUUAUUAUUUCGCACGGAAAAAUUAAAAGAAAAAAAAAAAAAAAAAACGCGGCCGGCCGGGUAUUGUAAACGGCAAAUCCGCGACGUCCGGCCGCGGGGAAACGAUGCCCGGGGCUGUCGACCGCCGUCGGUGUGUGUACAAUAAUAAUUAUGCGAUUCGUUCGCACGACAGCAGCGAGUGUACGCGACGACAACAAUGACGUACCCGUUUGUCGCCGUACAAUAAUAGUGCCGUCGUUAUAUUUUUAUUCGGAGGCGUCGACGAACGGCACCGCCGUCCGUCCGAACCGUCGCCGACACGUAUUAUCGUGUGCCCGGCUGAAUGUCGCGUAUCUGUUUAACAGGCCGUAGUCGAUAGGUGUACGAACGACGACGACGACGACGACGACGGCACAGAGAAAGAAACGGAGAAUAGAUACGCAAAAAUUACGUCCUCGUUUUUUUCCGGCCGCGUCAAUAACGACAAUAUAUUAUCAUCUCACCUAUAUAAUACAAUAAUAUGACGUCCGUAUGCCCGUACAAUAAUAAUAAUAAUACACCGUCGCGUGUGCGACGGCGACAAAAACGACGUGACCGCGGGCGUUUUUAACCGUAAUAUUACAUCGUUAUUUUUCGGAUCGGAUGAAUCGAAUUUUCGGAUUUACCGUGGAAAAUUGUCAUUCCGGAGAGUCAUUCCGAAAAAAUACCGAUGUCGAACACGGUGCCGUACACCAUUAUUUUUAUCAUUAUUAUUAUACCGGUACAGUAGUGGUGGUGGUGCGAUAUAUUUAACGGCGAAAAAACUUACUAAAUCAUUUUUCGAUAUUAUAACCGCCGAUGACACGGUUUAUUAUAAUCGUCAAUAAUAAUAACGCAUUUUUUUUUUUUUUUCCUGUAAUAAUCGUGUUUUCUAUAUAACCGCGGUCGUCGUUAUACUUAAAUAAUAUUGUGAACUGCAGUUACAUAACGAUUUUUUUUUUUUUUUUUUUUUUUUUUUAAUUGUGUCAAACUUACAAUGCCGAUAAAAAAACACCGCAAUAUUACUAAAAUAGACAAUUUAUAGAACCGGACGAUAUUUUGACUGUCCGAAAUAUUUUAAUAAAAUAUAGUACUUAAAACAUUUUAGAUUCUGGGUGGGGCAAGAAAUGUAUUGGUUUAAUCUAACCUAGCCUUUACAAUGUUUAUUUUUUUAACUGUGAACAACAUUUCUAUCAGCAUUUUUGUUCGAUUUACAAUCAUAGCACUUUUUCUGAAAACAAAUCUGACUGGGGCGGUACUUUAGGGAUUCAUGAACGUCUACGAUUUGUUUAAAUAAUUUUGGACCACAGGUCGAGUGUCCGAGACGGAUGAAAUUAUCCGUUUGUCCAUUAUUUUAUGAUUUUAAAGGCUUAAGUGAGAUUGGUCACUUUUGAAAUAGCGUACAUAUUCAUGCACUACAUGGCGUUCGUGUUUGUGAGUUGUUUCGAUCGGUGAUUGAAUUAUUCGCAGAGAAUCUUACAAUCAUUGUUAUUUAUCGGUUUAUUUUGGAAUCGUUUAGAACGCCUAUAGUCACGUAGAGAUUUUUUGGAUGUGGGUGAGGUUAGACGUGGAAACCGUUUCUAAAAGCUUGGGAGUACACGAAGGGAUGAAUUCUGAUAUUGACUGGAUAUUGUUUAAUUUCUGAACAGUGUGAUUGUUUAUGUACAGAGGAAGAUUGGUUAUUUUAUUUAUAGAGCAACGGAUUGAAUGGCUUAUCUAUUUUUAUUUGCGACAUUGAUAUUAUUAUAUGUUUCUUGUAAUUUCCGUGAUCGAAAUACACCCCUCCAUCGCAAGAAAUAUACAUAAAACGUUCACCAAAAAUUAGUGAUUCUAGGCCCAUAAUAAUAAUAUAAUAUGACAAAUGUGCACAUUCAAAUAGUAUUUAAACGAAUAUUUACUUUUUUAAACAUGACAUUCUUAAAAUUUCUUAAAUUUUACAACACUAUACGCAUAGGUGGUAUAAUACGUAUGUAAGUAUUAUAUUUUAUUGUUCAGUUUUUAACCAUAAAAAAAAAAAAAAAAACGUUUUGACUACUGUUUCACUGUGGGAAAAUUAUACUACCUGAUGUAGUAAGCCGGUUUUUAUUUUUUGUUUUUUGUAUAGUUUUAUAAACCCACGCAAAUUUGUUCUCUGUGACAACGAUUUAUCGAGUGUUUUCAUUGUUUGAUAUGGAAUUUUUUUUAAAUAUAGGUAGGUACCGACAUUAUUCGGUUAAAAGAAUUAGAAUAUAUAUUAUUACAAAACUAUACUUGUUGAUUAUGCAUGUGAAAGUUUUUUUUUUGCGCAUAAGCCAUUAUUAAUGUGUACAAUCUUAGACAACACAAUUGUACAAUGGUACUAAAUAGGUUAUUCUUAUAUUUCUGUAUGGCAGGUGCAUCAGUGACGAUAACGAAUAAUAUGGAUUAGAUUAUAUUAAUAUUGAUUGUACAACUGCCGUUGAUCUGCCGUUAAAAGUCGACACAGAUGUUUGAUGAAGUUUAAAUGAAUUUAAUUUCGGAAUGGAAAAUUUAAUAAUCAACAGCUAGUGACACCAUUUUAAAAGAUAGGUACCUACUUAUUUAUACACAUUUCGUACCGACAUAAUAAUACAGCAAUCAUCGAGAAUAAUUCGUAAUUAUUACUGAAAUCGUAUCUUUGACGAUUUUAAAUUCGAGUCAAUUACGAAUAGGUACUAUGAAGUUAUUUAGUGUAACAUUUUUUGUAAAUUUUUGGUCGAAUACGCAACGAUAAAUCAUUGUUUACGUAGUACGAUUCUGAAUAAAGUUCGGUUGUAUAUGUUUUGAAAUUCUGUAAUUCUACAGUUCAAAUUUGAACUUGAACGCUUAUAAAAAAAAUUCUACUAAAAUACGCUCAACUAUUUUUUUUAAUUUUGUUUACCAUUAAAUAAAACUCAUUAUGAACCUGGUAUUCAAUUUCCAAACAUUUCUGUUUGAACGAACCAACUGUGUCCACAUAAAACUAUAUAAAACAAUAAAAAAUGAACCAGAAUUUUUUGUAAAAUCAGAUUUCAUAAUUAUUUUCAACCGAAUCAAAACACGAAAAUCGAAAAUAAAACAAUCAAAGUUUAUUGAUAUUCAAAAAACGACCACUAAAUGCGUCAACUAAACUCAACUUUCAAAAAAGACGUUGCGACUUUUGAAAUUAAGAGCAAGGUUUCCGGAAAGAAAAACGCAGUAAAUAAUCGCAGUAAAUUUUUCAGUUUUGUCCGUCCGUUAAUUACUGCUGUUAAGAAAACUACCGGGAGAUUCAAACAAGCGACCCCCUCAUCCAUGCACGUAGAUCCAAAAUGGUAUGAACAUAAGCUGUCUUGUCGUUUUUUUGUUCGGAGCGAUAUUUCUGGCGUAUACAGAAAAGUUGUUUACAGACCGGAAAAAAAAAACACGCAUCACACACCGCGUUCACAAUCCGAAAAUUAAUAAAUAAUUAUUUUUUUUUUCCUCGUUCGUUCGGGCCGGCAUAACAGGUCGUCCGGCAACGUCGCAUAGUUCAGUGUGUAACGGGUUAACGUAACGGUUCGGCAGGUAUGCGAGGCCAUCGUCGUCGUUGACGGUUUCGCCUAUAAUAAUAAUACACGUCGGUCAGUCUCCGUCGCUUUCGUUAGUUUUGCGCCGGACAAACACUGCGCCCGGACCCCGGUCGGAGAGGCGCCCGAAAAAAAAAAAAAAAAAAACAGGUUCCGAAGCACCGGUUCACGCGGUAAAACCGUACCACCCUUGAGGGGGAUUCGUCGUGUCCCCGUACGUUAUUUCAUUAUUAUUGUUUUUUUUUUCCACGAGCGUCCGAAACAAUAACACAAUAUUGCGUUUUGUUUAUUUCUGUAAAACAGUAUGCCUGCAGGAGUGCACGGCGUAAUUGUACGGCAUAAAGGGGCGUCGUCCGAUCGCGUCCCGUUUCGACUUUUUUUUUCUAACCCUUCUCGAGUUUCGAUCGCGUCCGGUCGCAUCCAGGGCAUGUACCCGGUCGUGUCCCGAACGAAAAAUCCAGAAUUUCGAUCGUGUCCGACAAUAUUGUUUUGCACGCAAAUUAUUAAAUGUAGAACUGUAUUAUUACAAACGUAAAUUGGUUUCUACAAUAGACGCAAUAGACAAAAUUGAUUUGCGGCGUUAAUUGGCCCGGCCGGUAAUCUUUCGAAGGGCCGGGCCCGCUCGAUAUUAGAUAAAACUCCGAUUCGCCAACUCCACGUAAAGAGAAAAAAAAAUUGUUUUAUUUUUAAAUUCACUUUUUCGGACGUUUUCGUCAAUCGGAGUUUUUUUUUUUUUUUUGCGCCGCGUUUAUUGCUCUGCAAUUCAGGCCAUAGGGCACCGCCGUUGUAUCUAUAGCGACACGCUGCGGGAAGCCAAAAAGCUCUAUCUCGAUAGAAUUUACGCACCGUCGGUAUAUAAUAUUUUCCACCGAAACCGGCGCACCGGACCGCUGCGAAAACCCCAGCGCAGACAACACAAACCUACUGCGUGAUACCUAUAGCUAAUAACAACAUGUCGGACAAAUCUGUCAUUACGGUGUAUUCCGUUGUAAAUAUAACGAUUUUGGACCGCCCCGACAAUGCAAUAUAAGAACGUAUGCCGAGAUUAUAAAAAUGUACCCGUCUCGGCGAUAACUCCGUCGCUUUCCCAUUAACCGUCGCGGCGUUUCCCGUUUAAAUACUGACAACACUGCAGCAGUAAGACGGAAGGGGAAAAAAAAACAAUUGUUCCAGCACCCGUGGCGGCAUCUAAAACAACAAUGGCCCGUUGUGUGCGGUACGGACGUAUCGCGUCCAUCGCGUCGUUCGCGGUUAAACGACGAAAUAGACCCGUAUUAUUAUUUUUGACCCACUGACGUUCUAACUGUCAACGAUUAUUAUCAGUACACAAUAAUAACAACGGCGAUGGCGAUAAUGACGGGUAAUAGAAACAGUAAUGUUCGUCACCGAACGUCGUGACCGGGGGUGCCGUCUCCGCACAGUGUCUAUAAUAUAUCACACCUAUAAUAACUAUAAUAAUAAUUGCGCCAAACACUUUGUGUACACACUGUAUAUGCUCUCCGGUAGGUACCGUGGUUGGAUGGUGAUGGGGGGGGGGAUCGGUAUAUUUCGUUCGUCGUACGAGUGUACAUUCAACCGCAGGCACGAGUCGUCGGAGCAGUACAGUAAUAGUAACUAUUCUAUCCGUGAAAUCGAGCUGGACGUGCAUACUCCGAUUAUACACCCAGGUAUACCAAACAUAAUUCGUUCAUUACAGACAUUCCUGCAGUGCUGCGCCCGCAAACGCGGUAUAAUUGGUUUUGACAAAAUUAUAUAGAUCUAUCGUCGCUAUAGUUUCCGGGGACGAACUUUUAUAAUAUAAAUAAUACUAUUAUAGUAGCUUUUCAUAUUAUUUAUUAGAUGUACAUUAAUUGUUUGAAAUUCAGUUCACCUAGAUCUUUUUUGUUGCGGAGUUUUUUUUUUUUUUUUUUUUUUUUACCGGAAAAUAACGUUUCAAUUAGCACAAACACUCCGAGUUAUUCUGAUCGUACCUUAUUAAAAGAUUUUUCACCCGGAAGUAUUUUAAUUGAACAAUUUUCCUACGUUCCCAAAAGUUUUUCUAAAAAAUUAAAAUAAAAGCUGGCAACAGUAAUUAACGACGAUACGUUGGUUUUAUUAUUAUUGAUUUUUGGAUAUCAUGGCUGUAUACAAUGGACAACCACGUCUGUAACACCUUACCGGUUUAGUUAGGUAAUGUUUUCUAAUUGCGAUUUAUAAUAAUUUAUAAUCAUUGUUUACGGUAUAUAAAUUAAAUUGCCUGCGGAUAAAUUAUCUUACAGCCUAUAAAUUCAAAACUUCCUACCUACAACAAUGAUAAGGCCCCCGUAUGUAUAAAGGCCUGUCCGUGUAUAUCCGGCUCUUUUUCGUUUAUAAAAGCUCGCAAAGCUGGUAAUAUGUACUAAUAUAUUUGCGUAAUAAUAAAUAUAAUAUGUAUGUAUAAAUGAAUCCAUCGUAUACAAUUUUAAUACAAUAAAACCAUAUUAGACGUUUGACUACUCGACUUUUACAAGUUAUUAUAAUAUUAUAAUUUAAUUUAAUAAAAAUAAAUUUAUCAACAGCUUAAUAUAAUAUUCAUUAAAACUAUACAUCAAUAUAAAUUAUAUACUUUAUAAUACGAAAUCAAAUCUAUAAUACCUAUAAUAUACUAGAAUAAUACCGGUGCAUUCGAGUCGCCUCCCAAAAUGUACGAACUGCUUCCUAUCCUUAUCGUCAAUAAAAAACUUAAUAUACACUAGUCGUCUCCGACGAUUAGGUAGUUCAUAAUUAUAUACGAAUUGCCUCUCGAAAGUGAUCGCCUCCCAUAUUGAAUAAAGCAGUGGUUCAUAAACAAAUUAAAUUUAAUAUAAUAUUUAUAAUUUUAUAAAAAAUAAUAUUAUAAUGGUCAAUAAAAAAAACACGUACCUAAACAGUACUUGUUCAGAUAAUGUCUAUUAUGGUUCAAAUUAUUUUCGUUCAAUAUUACCUAAUCACUUUCAUCUACUUUUAAAACAGCUUUGAAUAUUUUUAUCGUACAAUUCCCCCGUUCUUUAUUGUAGGCUAACUGUUUUUGAAAACUAAAUUUCAUACUACUAAUUAUUUUAACACAUUUGCUCUUUUUAUCGAUCAUUUUCCGCAUUUCAAUUUGAUCUAUUCUAAAAACUUAAUAAAAAAUUUAAAAUCAUUUAAUAAUUUUUUGUAAAAAUAAAAUCGUAUGACGAGUGUUGAAGCUCAUCUAACGAAAAUAAUCAUUACACAAGAGAUGUAAUGUUUAAUAUUAGCCGUACAGUCUUAUCAAUGCACAAAAGUCAUAGAUUACGACUUUGAAUAUAUAAAUACAAAAACCAAUGUUAGGUUAUUAGUGAUAUUAAUAACCUUCAUGAUAAAAGAUUUAAACAAAUAUAUAUAUUGUUUACCGUUUGAAAAUUUUAGAUCGUUUGUGAACCACUUAUACUGCUUAUUGGGAGGCAGCUAGUAGUCGACCCUUUUCGUUUACGGUAUGCCGAGAGGCCACUCGUAAAUACCCGGCAGACGAUUCGUAUUACAAUUAUCGAUCUUUUUUGACCUCGGGAAGCAACAGUAUGCGCCCGAUAAUACCUACCGCAUUAUAUUUCAGUGAAACUCGACGAUAAAUCUAACAGAUUUUAAUAUUAUCUGGUAAUUUUCGUUCCAAAUAUUCAAUCUGAAAGCGGUUGUUCGAUUUGUAAAUUUUGUUUGAUAAUUUUAAUUUUGAAAUAAUACUUGAGAAAUUGCCCGGUUGAAAACAUUAUUAUUUGACAAUAAUAGAAUAUUAAAUCGUGUAUCUAUAAUUUUUAAAACGAUAUUUUUAAGUUUCUUGUAUACGACUUAACAAAUAUAAUAAUUAAAAAUAUCGUUAAAAAAAAAAAUCAAUAUUAUUUGUGUACACAAAUUAAAAAUGGCCCCAUUAGGUAUAUUAUGUAUCGUGUUUAUUCGAUUUUAGUCACAUAGGUGGGUUGGCGAUGACUAUUCUGACUAACGCUCGGUUUUAUAUUAUACAUUUGAAUCAUACCACCACCGUAAAAACAUAAAAAAUAUUACGAUGUUUGUCAUAAACACACUUAUAUUGACUUUCUAUUUUUUUAAAUCGCCAUCAUGUUGGUUAUUUGCCACUUUGUCAGUAUAUAUAUGAACCUAAUUUUAUCGUCGAGCUUUAAAUAAAUAUAUAUUUAUUUUUCACUAAUUAUAUAUUUAUUUAAACCUUGUAUUUAUAUUUAAAUAUAUAUAUAUUCUAUUUGAAUAAUCGUAUUCCGUGUACUCUGUUUAAAAAAACGUGUGAAGCGCAUUUAAAUGUUUACGAAUACAUAUUUGUUAGACAUCAAUAUUUAGACACGCAAUACUUUUUACAUUAAAUUAUUCUUGUUAGAAAGUUUAACUUAUUUUUAUUCGAAUGUAUAGGGUAAACUUGAACGUGCAGGGAGUAGAUUCGAUUGUUUAAUAUAAAUUGAUAAUAAAAGUACUUAAAUCAAAUAAAAUUGUUUCUUUAUUCAAAUUUCAAUUUGUAGGUUUACAUUAUUGAGACGAAUAAAAUGAAUACCGUUUUAAAACAUAUCCAAAUAAAAAUUUAACUCGCACGAUUUAUUUACGAAAAAAUCAGAGUAAACAAUUUUAAUCAAAUGUGUGAUACUUUAAUAUUUUGUUUUAAAGCAAACUUAUAAUUACUUAUUAUGCUAAACUCGUGUAAAUCCGAUUUUCUGCAUUGUAUUCAUCGUUACGGAUAAAAUUAAUUGUCUAUUAUUUUUCAAAUUAUUCAACCUAAAAUAUUACAAACCGACGAGUGUUUUGUUUCUACGAAUAUAAAAUUAAUUUUCAAUUAGUCACCUGACUUAAGAACGUUCAAUUAGAACGUAUAUACGCAUAGAUAUAUGGUUUGUAUAUUGCAAUCGUUCACGGAACACUUAUUUUUAUUCGUUGUUUGCAAACCAGUUUUUCCGAAAAACAAUAUUGCAAGCAGUGUUUGAAAAUUUCAUGAAAUAUUUCAAUAUUUGAAUAAAAUAUGUUUUCUUUUUUUUAAAAAAAUGUUUACCUUUCUACAUCUGUCAACGUGAUUGUUUUCUAUAAUAUUUUAAAUUUUUAUAUUGACAGAAAACAUACACAAAUGUUUAAAUGAUGCAACAUCAUACAUUCAUACAGAAUACGUAGUACGUGCAUUACAAUAGGAAUUCGCAUUAUAUUAUAGUUUUUGAGUGAAAAUAAUAUGGGUAUGUUACCUAUAAUAGUAUACAAGUAUAAUACUCCUAUUUCUAUUAUUCUAUACACAUUAUAUGGAGGCGUAGUGUAGUUUUAAAUAGGAAUAAGUAUAAUACUUUUGGUUUAAUAUAUAAUUUACCUAUAGCCUACGAGGAAUUAAAUAUCGCCCUACACAAAAUAGGUAAAAAGUCGAAAACAAGACCGCCAAUAGUAAUAAGAAAAAAAAAAAUCAUCAAUGUUUCACGGUUUUUUUUUUAUGAAAUAUUCCAGGCUUCUAACACCACGAUUGCUGGUAUGUGCACACGCUAACGUAUACUUCCCCUCGUAUUCGCGGCGACGAUAACGGAAAUGACUGUGUGUGUAGCAAGUAACUCGUGCCCCUUGAAAACCUGCAGUAAUAGUCGGGCCAAUUAGACGCGCGGACGUUACUAAAUCCGUUGAAAAUUUCGCCGCGUUUGUCGCGAAAAGCGCAAACGCUGUGAACGGGAUCCGACCGGUGUUUUUAUCGCGUGCGUACGGACGGCCGAUUUCCUUCGUACACAACAUUACCGUAACGAUAGUAAAACGUGUGCGUCGGCGCUUCAUAUUUGAUUACGCGUGUACGCUAUAAACCGUGUAGGCGUACGACGCAUUUCCCCGCGGUGACGGUGGCGCAAGAAAGCGUAAAACAGUAACACGUGAGCGAGCGAGUCCGAUGUCGUUCGCUCGCGCGCACGCCGCACACGCGUACGGCAUGGCCAUGCGGUACAGCCGCGUACACGCCCGGGUACAGCGACCGAGCACGGAUAUGAUUUUAUCCGGGAGAAAGUGAAAAUCGUGUAAAAUAAUAUUAUUCCGGCCUUUCCGGAGUGUGUAAACGUAUCGCCGGAGAUUCGGAUGUCCACAGUGUCCUUGCUGUUUGCGCGGCCGUUCGUCGGAAGGGGCGUACUGUAAUAACGUUUGGUAGGUAGUAAUCGCGGGCGCGUACAGUGGUUGUGUCUACACGUAUAAUAAUAAUAUGACAUCAUCGGAAUCGCUGUGUGAAAGCAGCCGCCGCCGAUGGAAACGAAUAAUAAACAAUAAUAAACACCCGUGAUGAAAAAACGAUUUUAGAGAAAGCGCUCGGUUGCGACACCCACGAGGACUAACCAUACUGUUAUUGCAUAAACACGUAAGUACGUGCACAUGCGUGUAAUUCGAAAACGACAUAGAAAAGAUCCGAGACUGGAGCUGAACAAAACAGACAUUUCCCGCCCAAAAGCCACCGAGUGCCCCGGCGAACCGUCAAAUUAAUUAAAAUAGUUUUCUGUUUAUAUCUAUAUUGCGGACAGUACACUGUGGCUAUAGAGCCGCGUAAAAACAAUAUUUAACCUUGUACUUUUUCAAGCAUUUUUUUGUGAGAACCGAAAAAAUUAACGGACUCUAAAAAAGAAAAAUUUAUAGUAUUAAUGAUUUAUACGUGAACCAAUGUUUCUCCGUGCAACGGAGAAAAUAUCAAAUUCAGUCUUUAAAAAAGGUCUAUUUUUUUAUUUUUAUUUUUUUUUUUUUUUCCCCCAUAGACUUUAUUAAAAAGCCCGAGCUCAAUACGGUCUGCGGAACGUUGUAUAUCAAUUGAAAUAAAAAUGGCAGAUAUAUUUUGCGAGCCAUCCCUAUUCCCGCAACGUAGUUUUCGUUCGUAUAACUAACGUACCCCGAAACGGGUAUCGGACAGCGUAGAUCGAUGCGAGUGUCUUAUAUACAAGGCGGUUAUUAAAAUGUUUAAAAUAUGGGAAACCGGUUCCGGGUCGUUUAAACACAAAUUGUUAUUAUUAUCGUGCAGCGCUUAUCCUCCGGUAUAACUUGGUUCAAACCGAUUAUAUUUAUGCGCGUUAUCGUUCCGAAUAAAAGGCGCGUAAUUUGCUAUUAAUCGCAAAUUAUACAGUGUCUGUUCCCGGAAACAUUUUACUUUGUAAUAAAAAUAAUGUUGGCGGCGAACAAAUCUAAACCGAACGAACUUUUUUAUGCGCGCGGGCCCGGACGACGCGACGAUUAGGGAAUAUUACAAAUCGUACAUCCGGUCCGAUUCGACGGCGGCGGAGACGACUGCAGCAGUGUCCACUUCCAGCAUGCACGUCGUAUUACGUCAGCGGUUCUACUCCCCCCCCCAUGUAUUAGAUUAGCCUAUUAUGAAGGCGACCGUUCUUUUUUUCUUUCUGGAUUUAAUAAAUAGCCGUGUUUCCGUCUAAACGCGUUAAACUCCUAUUGCGCGUACGUUUAAAUCGAAUAUUUACGAUUUAUUGUUGCCGCCGAGAAAAUGUCGGCUACGCAGCGCCGAGCCUCGCCCGGUAAACAAAGUUCGCUAUCUUGUAUAAUACCCCAUGUACCUGUGCUUGUAUGCCUCUCGCGAUAAACCGGUGGUAAGGAAUCUACAACGGUUCCGGUCACACAAUAAAACGUAAAUAGGAAAAACGACGCGCGGCAAAAUACAAAUGUAAAAUUCCAUUAAGGGUAUUGGAAGCGAUUUUGGUUUUCUGUCUUUGUCUUACACGCGGGCGACAAAGGAAUUUUGACGCGUUCUAUUUCCCACGUACCGAUUGGUCUAGUGAUGGAGCGAUAAGAAUUCUGAACACAAGUUCGAAUUUUUCCUCGACUUUAGUUGAAUUCGGUUUUUUCAUAUUUUUGAUUUUAUCCUCCAAAUCCCGAAAAACCCAUAAUAAAAAGGAAUAGUUCAAAAAAUGGAAUAUUUUAACGCUUUGGAGAAAUGAAAAUGAAAAGUGUGGGAAAGUCGAUUUCAAGUAGACUUGACGAAAAAUUAAAAUCUGUUUUCAGAAUUCGCUUCACUAGACCAACGCACAGACAAAAUAUCACCGCUCCCAAUUGCCUUAAGACUUAAUUUGUCGACGGAUCCGAAAUCGUUGUCUUCGGUUUUCGCCGGACGCAGAAAUUAAACAAUUAUCGUUGAAAUAAUCAUAAGAUAAUCCUGCUCGUUAAACAUCUUUGCCGAACGCUGAGAUGUUUCUUCGGUUUAAUAUACGCGUGUGUUCCACGUUACGUACAACGGUUUUAUCGGAAACAUUUACUGAAAAAUGACAACAAAGUUGCCCACAAUGUCGGUCAUUUACGGAAUUUUAGCGCAAUACAAUAAUUUUUUUCGUCCGUUUGUUUUAGGCGUGGCGUGUGGCGACCACAACGGCGGAAAGUCGGGUGAUAUGGUGCGGGUGGUGCGCAGACGGCACCUGGACGAGGCGACGAAAACUGGCGAAUCGAAUGAGAUCGACGAUCAGCGGCCCGGCAUGGCGCUGACCAGGGCCAAAGAAUUCGAGCCGACCGCGGCGUGCCGAGGAGCCGGGUGCGGCGGUAUGCAGCAAACGUUGAACGCAGAAACGGCCGCAGAAGCGGCAGCGUCCGACGAUUCGAAACUCAUCGCUCCCGACAGACCGGCGAGAACGGCGGCGGUGGCGGCGGCGGUACCCUCGUCGUUAGUUCAGGACGAGGAAACCUCGCAGUCACAAUACUAUUACGAAUACGUGGGACCUACCAAAAUCGGUCCGGGGGAAGCCAAGAGGGCUUCGUCGCGUGGCAGAUCACUCGUACCGACGGAGCCCAUGAAUACUGCACGGCCGCAGCAGCAGCAACCGCAGGCGGAUGCAACGGACCGCCAACAGACCCGUAAGGCGGGCAACAGCGACAUGGAAGACAUACUGGACGGUUUCGUUAAGUUGCUGAACGGACAACCGGGACAGGCGGGCUACCGGCAGCCGAUUAAGACGCGCAUCAAUAACCGCGGCCCGCCCCGUAUAUCGGACGCCACGGUCGUCUUGGAACCGCCUGCGUUCGUGCCGAUGCCGCAACACCAACAGCAGCAACAACAGCAGCAGCAGCAGCAACAACAACAACAGCAGCAGCAGCAACCGCAGAUGCCGAUGACGCAAAACAAUAAUAAACCGAAAGACCCACCGCCGUAUCCGUUCGACGUGCCACAGCCGGCCGUCCGGCCUCUGCCACCCCAACCGCCGACCCUCGUCAAACCGUUCCUGACCGGUGUGCCGCUGCCCGAACAACUCGUUCCCACAAACGGUGACAGCGACGACUUUGGCCCGCCGUCAUUGUACGACCACCAUCAGUCGUCCAGGCGGCCGGUACACCCGACGGCCAGACCGCAACAGGAAUACGACUUGUUCGCGCCCCACGAACACGUGCAGACCUCUUCCGAACGAGACUCGACCGACACCGUUACCGAGAAGUUCGCGUCGCCGCCGUCGCCAUCCGCAUCGGGACCGGGAUGGUCGACAUCGGAGAACCCGACUUCGACGACGGAAAAACCGACCACAACGGAAAAGCCGACCACCACGGAAAAACCGACAACGACGGAAAAAACGUCGCCGUCGCCCUCACAACCGGUCGCCGACAUCAACGCCACCCGAGUGCUCGGCGUGCAAGUCUCGAAAAUCGUUGACCAUUUGACUUCGCCGGUGCCCAUUGCCCACAACGAUAACGCGACCGCUACGACGGCCACGACGACUACGACGUCGGCGUCGACGGCCAGCACCGAAUGGAUCGCCACAACGCCCGUGCGGCCAGCAGACACUACUACUUUGACGGGCGGCGAACACAUCACGGGCGUGGGUUCGGCCGUCGUGCUGCUCGAACCGUCCACAUCGGAGGAACCGCAUCGGGACGAGGCGCACAAACCCACGGACAACAAACUGAUGCCCGCCAAACCGACGGCGCCCAUCAAGAAGACCCCGCAACAAUCCGGUAAUGAUCCAAUAUCGUAUUAUUAUAGGCGAUUUUGGUUCGCUAAUCGGUCACGAUAUCGCCGAAUCGUUUUUUUUUUUUACCGGGCUGCAUUACACAGCCAAAGACAACCAAAUACAGUAAACGUAGUAUUUUUUUUUUUUUUUUUAUCAUUUACUGAUCCCGGUAACCCGGUUGUAGACAAGUAGUCGUCUAAACAAUCGCAGUAAACAAUAUCGCUAAAACAGUUGGUUCCCGAGCUCACACGCCGCCGCAUGUCGCAUCGGUUCCCGUUUGGAAAAAGUACUUAACGAAAGUUAGCCGAAUGGGUUCUCGUUUAACACGUACAUUUCAAUAAUAAACACAAUACAUUUAGGUACAAUGCGUAGUACAUUUUUAAACUUUUAUUUAACUUUUAUCACACUACGGCGGGUAUUUUACAUUUUACAUCAGGGUAAUAAAAUAAUGCCAUACCGGCGAAUAUAGAAUGCAGAAAUUUGUCUAGUAUAAAUUCUAAGUGGACAGUCCUAAGCCUGUAAGAAUGGAAAGGGAAAUGCGUCCAAUGACUGUCUCAUUGCGAACAGCGUGAACCGAUUCGACCGGUAGUGGAUACAUGGCAAAUUUAAACGGGAACCAGUCCGGCUCACCUACAUAAAAUUCCAAACGGGAACCGAUUCGGAUGCACCGCACUCGACUAUCGGUAACCCGUAACUCGCUUAAGAACCCCGCGUCGCCAAAACACGCCUGUUUAACAGAUACCACUUCCUGAUCCGUUUGGAAUCGGUUAGGUUAGGUUAGGUGGUUCCGCGUGGUUCGGAAUCAACCGCCCGGUUGAACUCGGUAUAAUUAUUAUCCGACACCCCUGCAAAAAUAAAUAUCGCAACAGUGGAUGAAUGUAUACCGACGUUUCUAAUGUACGUUUUAUUUUUUUUUUCCCAAACAGAAGGGUUCCCGUAUUAUUCCCGUCCCGGCAUCGUUUUGGACGAUCCCGAAUUCAAACCGCACGUCGGCGGACAACGACGACCCAUCCAAGUACAAGUGCCCAGCAAAGGUGACGUGUUCGACAUUAUGGUUUCCGCGAUCCAAGGACCGGGUGACAAACCGGGAUUGCUCACACGUAAGUGCCGUAAUAAUAUUCGUAUCUAAUAUAGGUAAUAUCAACUCUUCACAUUUAUCCCGCACAAAUGACGUCAUCGCCUACCGCAUCCUGUGUAUCCAACGCCGUUUGUUUUUUGUUUUUUUUUAUCUUCUCCCCGUAUGCGCUCUCGUGUUACGUACAAGUAGUAUGCAUAUAAAUAACAUUUCAUUUCAUUUAAUAACCGUAAUUUAUGACGAUUAAUGAUUUUAUUUGAAUACGAAACGUUUACCUUUUCUUUUCUUUUUUUUUAAAUUUUAUAUUACAUUUACAAUUCUAAACUUUUGACCUUAUUAAACAUUAUAGGCUGCUACGAUUGUAAUAUUAUGUAAUUGAACUCAAAUUAAAAUAAGUCAUAUAAAUUAUAUAACAGAAUAUUCACUAAAUUGACGUGGAAUUAUGGGAAUUAGCCACGAUGGUCGAUUUAUAGAAUAUAGGAUACUUUUGAAAAUGUUGACGAAUCGACUUUUUACUUUCUUUGAAUUCGUGGUUUUCAAUAAUUUAUUCAGAGUUUUAGAGAAAAGUCCCCUACAUAAUUACGUAGCAGACUGUAAUCGCAUUAGCUAAUUGUUUAUUAUUAUUACGGCUAAUUGACUGUAUAUUUUUUUUUCUCUGGACUUUAAGCAAUUAAUACAAAUCACGAAUUUAAUGAAAGUUUACAUUACACCUAACUUUACGACUAUACCUUAAAAUUUUUCGAAAAUAAUAAAACUAAGUUAUUUUAUUUUUUUUUUAGUAUUUUGUACUAAAACAUAAAUAUUUAUACAGUUCUUAUCCCUUUAUAUACAUACGGAAUUGAUUAUGUUUUAUACUUCGGAAGAUAUUGCAAUGGGUUUAUUAUUGUCGUCGCGGGACACCCUGUUUAAUUGUAUCGAGAUUUUUUUUUUUUAUUUUCCAGUGUUUUGCCCGAUCCCGCAUUCCGUCUUUCAUUUUUCCUCGCGCUUGCGCUGAUAUUAACGCCGUUAUCUCAUUUUUGUUUUAGCCGGCGAAAUAUCGCCGUCGGGCGUCGGCAAAGGAGAAGUGUCCGUAAUAACAUCGGCGGAACCGAACCAGCAGUUCGUGUCCAUCGACGGCAAACGCACGUACAUAAAUCUGUUCGGUUCGGCGGAACCGACCGCCGUGGCGCCGCAGUCUAUAAAGCCGACCAGCGCGGCUUCCGGGUAAGUGUUUCGGCGCAAUUGUCUAAUUGGUUUUUCACCGGCGAACGCGGGCGGUCAGACGGGAGACGGCGGCGCGCGCGUUUUUCUAAACGGUCGAAACCCGCAAUCCGGACAGCGUUUCGGCUUCAAUUAUUUAGAUACCGCGGACCGUGACUGCUGCACGGGCGGAGCGCCCGCCUUCAUAUACGCGCGACCGCGGCACAACAUUGUGUUACGGCCGUGUACGCGCGCGCUCGCCUUGAUAACAAUCCGAGUAUCACCGGAAUAAUAAUCAUCCGGGCGACUUUCUCUCGGGUCGGUCAACAAAAUAUUCAUCUCCGAGGUGUGUGUGUGUGUGUGUGUGUGUGGUUUUUUUUUUUUCCUCAAAGUAGGUAAUCCAAAUCAAACGCAACAACAUCGUAAACAUCGUAUGCUUAUGGCUCGCCCGAUGCGCAAUACCGCGGUAUACCGGUUGGCCGCGCAUACGAUUUACCGUUCGGGCGUAUAACGCGAUUUACGUCCGCGUCUGAUUUUCACGCGAAUAACGCUGAUAUAGUAACACAUUGACGGACGCCACUCAUUACCCGGGAAAACCGAGAAGCCACCACUCUACUAAAGUACCGCCCCAGUCACGUUUAAUUUUAGAAAAAGCGGUAUCAUUGUAAAUCGGAGCGAAAUCGCGGAUAAAAAAAAAAAAAAAAAAAAAAUUGUCCGCGGGAAAAAUAAAUACCGUAAUAUUUUACUAACAUAUUUCGUACGUUUUUCCAUUUUUCCUCUGUUCUUUUGCCCGUCUCUUCGGAAAACUCCUGGGAAAAUCGAAAACACGACCUUGUUAAAGUGUCCCCCUACUCCGACUUUCUUUCAGGAAAAGGUUGUACACUUGUGAACCGGAGCAAGAUUUCUGGUAAAAAAGUUGUCCACGGAAAAAUAAAAAUAAAAAAAAUAAACAUCUUUGUAAAACCAUUCGCUCCACUCAGAAUCUAAAAUGUCACAUUACGACAUUGUGGCAUUACUAAAUAUAACAGUCGAAAUUACCGUUGCGAACGUCUGUCGAUUCGAUUAUUUCAGACGUUAAUUCGGAUAUACGUAUACCGGCGAAUGUCGCGUUUAAGAGGACGACACGCCCGCGUACGCUGUGCAGACUGUCUGCACACACGCGAUACACGGUGGACGCCACUUAUAAGACUCACGGUUCAGUCGCUUAUUAUUAGACUCGAAAUCACUUGGAACGGUCCGGACGUAUCCGAAUACAUUCUAAUCCACUUAGCCGAUAAGCAGUUGCGGUUAUAACUGACUUUUAAGGGGAGGAGCCGAAAAUGGCAAACGAAAAAAAUCAUAGGGCAACAAUGCGCGCCUAGUAUUGCUAUAACAAUUAAUUAACAUUGUCAUUUGUCGAUUUUGCAGAUCGUAUUCUGUCAGCCAAGUGCUACAGCCGAACGGUGGCGGUUCCGGGGCCCCGGGCCCGCCGACCGCCAGCAACGCGAAACCGUCGAUCCCGGGUUGGAAACGGCCCACGCACCCGCCGGUAAGGAUCGACACGUGCAUCGUGGGCGACGACUCGACGUGCGACGCGGCACAGCACGAGAGAUGUCGCACCGAGCUCGGCGUGUCGUCGUGUCUGUGCAGGCCCGGCUACAGUCGGCGAAAACACCGAGACCCGUGUCACCGUACGUGCAAUACCUAUUAUUACCUGCCUAACGUGCGCAUCGUUGGAUUCCGAGCGUAGCUAUAAGAAUCAAUAAUACUGUGAACGAUUUGUCGGGGCCCAGCCCUAAGCAUGUUUUCAAGGGGCUCGGGCUCAAAAAUACAAAAAAAAAAUUAUGAACAAUCCAACGUGGGAGUAUACAUAUAUUUCAGCCAAGCUACGAGGAAAAGCUUGAAGCAUUGAUUAUAAAUUGGCAUUUUUUUUUUUUUCUUUUUGGGAUCCGGCUUUUAAACUACCGAUUCCCACAGUUGAGUUGCACACACAGAGAAGACGAAUUCACAAUUUAUUCACGAUUCUUAUUUGCUGCAUAGGCACCCUCCCGCUGAUAAUUCCUAGGCGUGCCAAUGAUUGCGAUAACUGAUAACAGUUUUAUUACCUGUGUAAUAUUGUUGAAAAUCGCGGUCUUGGUCAAUUUUUCACGACACUAUACAAAACUACAUACCUCUUGGGUAUUAUUAUUUUUUUUUUUUGUACAAUUUCCUACGUGUGUAAACUCAGGAAAAUAAGUAAACAAAAGUAAUAUAUAGAUAAGUAUUACUUCUUAUGUUCCUUUAAAAAAAAAAAAAAAAAAAAAAAAAAAAAAACAAAUGCAUUACAUCAAAAACUACGUGAAAAACGCCGUUACACGAAUUUGGCGGUAUCGCCGUGUGGUUUAUUUGCAAAAAAAAUUUUAAAAAAUGCGAUAUUCUAUUAGGCGAUGUACUUUUCGAUAAUUGGUAACCGAAACAAUGAUUGUUGCCGCAAUAGUACACGACGAUGGUACGGGCGAUACGGCCUUGUAGUUUUAUACACCAAUCAUUUUUUUUUUUCUCAUAUUUUCGUAAAUACCUAUAUAAUAUUAUACGCGAUGCGUUCAAAUUACUCAUUUUCGGAAACACCACUUUAGCGACACUGGCGGAUAAAAUUGUUAACAUUAUCGAUGACAUAGCGAAAUUGUUUUUAAAUUACUACGUAUUAUAAUGUGGUGUGUAAUUUGUAUUGCUAUUAUUUUUUCUUUUCUUGUCUAGGAAUCGUAUCUAUUGUUUUUUCAUUGCGCGUCGAUCGGCUGUACGACACAAAAAUUACGUGGGCGGACAAAUACAAAGACCCCGACAGCCAAGAGUACCAGCAACUCGAGCACGAAGCAGUUAGAGCGGUAAGUGCGAUCAACUGCACAGCGGCAGCGGUCACAUUUUUCCCACCCGAUAAAACAAUAAUUUUUCAUUUAAACACGGUUUAUUAUAUACGGGACGUUUUUACAUUGUCUACACGGUAAUAACGAUAAAAUAUGUUUGAAAUUGUUUUAAAAAAUAUUCUUCGGCCACUAUACGACCCCUUUUCAAUCGAAAAUAACUCACUAUUUCAAUAUUCCUAAAUAACUGUUAAACUCGAAUCGAAACUUGUAUGCUUUAUAUUUAAAAAAUCCACAACGAUUUAAUGGUGCGCCAGUUCCAGCUUAAUUCCAACAACUUAAAACCAUUUGAAAGCAGAACUUUAAAAAAAAUCCUAUCAAGUCAUUUAUAGCGAAUCGAAUUUGCAAGCGCGACAUAUUUUUUCGCACGAUAACGGUUCCAUAGAUAGAUUUCCUCUUCAUUACGUUACGACAAAAUCGGUACUAAAUUUUACCAUGUGAGAGAGGACGAAGCGCGUGACUUGAUAUUUUCUCUGCUGCACGUAAAACAACAAAUUGUCCCUAUUGACAGUAAUUUCCAAAAACGUAUACCGACGGCGCAAGUCCAAAAGGUUUACGGUUUUAGAUUAAACGUUGUUCGUCAAUAUUUGUAAUUCAACUUAUUUGAAAAAUAUAAUAUUAUAACGAAUUUGUCCGGCUUUUAUCGGUCAAAAACGUUAUUAUAUUCGACGGUAAAACUAUUUCCUCCUGAAUCUAUUGAAUAUUUAAACACGUAAAUUAGGAAGUACGUGAAAUCGGUGUCCGUAUACACGUGAAUUAAAAAUACACUGUGUUCACAUGUUUAAAAUAAAAAAAAAAACCGUAAAAACGUGUACACGCAAAACAGAGAUAUUAAGUGCCUUCAAACGUUACAACUUUCUUCCUAAUAUAAAGAGAUAACAGCAGUAGUGGUAAUUUUUUUUUUUUUAUGUGAACUCGAUAUUCUUUUAGGGGUUUUUGGGCCCCUAUUCAUAUGCAGCAAUUGUUAAUUGUAUAUUUCAAAAGACAAAAAUAAUAUAAAAUCUAUUAUAUAAUACUGUCUAUUCGAUUACAGCUAAUAUUUUUUAUUAUAAUUAGAGACCGGAUGUAUAUGAUUCUAAAAUCCUUAAAAAAAAAACUUGAAAAACCACGAAAAUAUUUAAAAAAGUAAAAUGUGGAUUUAAAAGUUCCCCCUCUAACGGAUUUAACUUAUAAAUACAAUUUUCUAAUCUUACAAAAAUGAUUAAUAAAAAGUUAUUCUUCUUUGUAAUACAUACGAUUUUAUUUAUAAAAAAAAAUUACUUUGUGUGAAUCAUUUUUUUUUUUAGUUUUAGGAAAUUUAUAUUAAAAAGUAAAAGCAACUAUUGGAGAACUUUCAAACUCCUCUAUUAUUUUUGCAUUUUUAAAUGUUUUUAAGUGCUUUUUCGGGGAUUUGUUGACGUCUUAAAACGUUUUUUUGUGGAUUUCAAGGGAAUAUAAAUCUGAUUUCUAAUAUUUAAAUAACUUUUGGCGAUAAUAAUUGAGGACGAUUUCAUUUUCGUUGUAUUAUUAUUAUUAUAAAAAUUUUCAAUACGAAUUGAGUCCGCGACGGACGGUAAAUAUAAUUAUUUAAGCGCGCGUCGUCGGUUUGAACAGGUUUUGUCAUUUUUAUUGGUAAAAAUUACGUCCGUUCGAAUAAUAUGCGGCUGCAAUAAUCGAAUUCGGUUUUCGGCACAAAUAAUCGUUUAAAACGCGAAACAAACGAACACAGGUUUUCUAAAACAAAAUGCCAUUGUUAAAUUUGCACAUUUUAAACGAUCUACAUCGCGGACGAAUUACGAAUAAUUGGUGUGCGUGUCGACGGUAUAAUGACAAUAUUAAAACCGUCGCAGAGAUAACGCGAAUUCGAUUCGGAUCGAAAUUUCCUCCGGGCGACAUUUUCGUUAAAGCAUAACACGGCCGGGGUAAUAAUAGAAAAUGUGUUUUUGUGCGUGCGUAUACAGAUCGAUUCCGCGUUUUCCAUGACACCGUUCUCGGACACGUUCGUCGGCGUCAAGAUCAACAACAUUUACAUGUCCAAAACCACGCCGGGCACGCCGGUCAUGGUGAACGCCACUGUACAGCUGACGGAGAACGCGGAACACUUGCGAUCGUCCGUCAAACAGGACGUGCAAAAGCAGUUGACGGGCGCGCUGCAGAGACGCAACAACAACGUGGGCGCCAGCGGCCUGUGGGUGGACUCGCCGGCCGGCGCGAUAUCGCAAUUGCACGGUAACGAUAUAAUAAUAUUAUCUCGCGCGAAAAGCGUACUAAUUAUUUAUCCAUUCGAGUCGCCCGCGAAUACCCGUCGAUAUCGUGGGCGUGCCUAUCCGCCGGGGUAUUUUCCACCCCGAAACGUUUCAGACAUCCACGUUUUUCAACGGAAAGCCCCGUUAACAUAGAACGUUGCGGUCAGAAAAAAAUGUUCACGUUUUUCGCACGCGGUUUCCGGUUACUGCGGCCAUAAUAGUUCUCGGCGUUCUCUUAUGGGUACCCGAAAAGCGUGCGCGAAAACUAGAAAUACAUUACGCGCAAGUGGGUGCGUUAUCUCAUCAUUUUAUUGUUAUUUUUUCGAAUUGCGGCAUUCUUCCUUAGCGGGACAGAUGACGUAUAGUCGCGUGUAAAAAAAAAACAAAAAAAAGAAGCACGCCACUGCGGGUUUCCUAAUUUCACCGUUUUCGAGACUAUAUUAUUGUAGUCAAUCUGCCUGAGAUGGGCGGGCGGCCUGUCGGGAAAUCGAGAUUUUUCCCGGUAGGCCACACUUGACGAGCCCACCAACGGGAUUCUUGGAUUGCUCUUGAUACGGUGAUGAUGUCGAAACUAUCGAUUUACCGGUUUAAAUAAUGGAUUCAGCUGGUAUGUUAGUUCAUGUAUAAGACAAAAAAAAAAUCGCUAUAAUUUUUUUUAUGUAGGGGCCGUUUUUACAAUUUCCCGGAAGGAAAAAACUGCCCUAUCCGCCACUGUAAUCUGGCGAAUUAUUUUUUUAGAGGGGUUAGGAGGGUGUAACUUCGCGAAAAUCUUUAUAGACAACGUAUGUAUAUAAUUUAAAUAUAUAUAUAUAUAUAUAUAUGUAUAAAAAACACAUUCGAUUGAUUUGCCGCAGUGUUUAACAAACUCGGCGGCCCGUAUCGUCAUUAUAUAAUAAUAUUAUGUGUUUUAACCCGUUUUGUGUUUUCCGCAAACAGAUCUCGACGAAUGCAGCAGUCCGGAACUGAACGACUGUCAUCCGUUGGGCAAAUGUACGAACUUGUUCGGCACGUUCCAGUGCGCGUGCCCAGACGGCUACAGGGACCCGUGGAUAGGAAACGCUCAGCGCAGCGGCCGGACGUGCGAGACCUGCGACCCGGGCCAGUGUAACCUCCGAGGCGAGUGUUUCUUCCAGGCCGGACAGCCGGUGUGCAAGUGAGUAACGAUACGUCCGAGGACAAAAACAGUGUAAUAGUGUAGGCCUUGAGAAACGAUUAAAUGGUCUGACAUAGCAAUGCCGGGAUGGUCGAAUAGCACUCUGGUACAGGACGGAAAACAGUCGAACUGCAUACGGGUCAAAAAAGGUUUUGAAAAACGAAUUUCCCUUUCCACUCACAUGUAUAGGACUGUUAAGAACUGACAAUGAUUUUAAACAUUAAAGUAGUUGAAAAUUAGUUUUUUUUUUUUUUACAUAUGUGACGUUUUUUGAACUUGUCAAAUUAUUAAUGUUAUUAUUCGAAAAAAAUUGUUUUCUUGUAAUGCCUAAUCAGUAAUCAAACAGAUCAUUCACGUACAAAAAUGGGUUAAAUGGGGAGGGGGGAAGGAGAGCGAGGGUCAAGCGCUGUAAAUUCCUCGAAUUCAAUUGGUGGUUCCAUGACGGCUAUUUUAUUUCUAUAUACUUAUCAGCAAUCGAUUUUCGAUAGUGAGGUCGCACUGCCGCGUAUUAUAAUUACCUUGCCUAGCAUGUCACGAUCAGUGUAACUAUACUAUCCAGUACCAAUAAACAAUCGUUUAUCUCGGUAUCUUGUUUGAACACAAGUGUAAUUCUGUAUGGCCGGCCCACAAACGAUUGUGCGGAUCCCGUCUCCUAUAUUAUCGAAUCGCGAUGAACCCGUACGCGCGACAAACCCGACCUUAUCGCGACGGGGCGGUAAACAUUAAUACUGUUUUAUCUCCAUUAUUAUUAUUAUUAUUAUUAUACAAACGCGAGUCGUAAUAUUAUCCGUUUGCUGUACGUAUACAAUCGGAACUGGCGUUUUACGCGGAUAGAUCGCAGUUGAACGAUACGGCCGUCGCCGUCGCAGACGCCUGUCGUGACGGGAAACCGCGCGAAGGAAGAAAACGCCGAGCGGGGAGAGGGCGGGGGUAAAAAAUUGUAGGUCAGUGUGUGCGUACGGCUGCAGUACGAGUCGGCGACACGUGUCGCCAGCGUCCGCAUUUCUUAAUUAUUGUCGUACAGACGCGAAACCGGAACCGAAAUUCGUUACGUAAUUCGUGCGAAUUUGUAACAGCGACCCGGAUAUUUUUACAACCCCCACCUCCCAAGUGUGAUCGAAUCAAUUUUCGGUCAGACGCGACGAGUUUGAUGGUUAUUCACGUAUAUAACCAACUAUAAUGUAGCUUGCGCGUUCUCACUUUUGCGCGUCAGUGUUGAAAAAGAGUUUUAUUUUUUUUUAUAAAUAUUAAUAUAUCACGGAUUAUAAGAGGACAACGACAAAUGGGAGUUAUAUGACGACACGAAACUCAACGUUACCAGUGUUUCGUUAUCAGAAAAAAAAAAAUGAAACGACAUUGAACUUUUAUUUUAUAGCUUAUAAUAAUUACUUGCUUUUAUCACUAUGGAUUUUAUUUUCGUUUUUACAUUUAUUUUUAUUUACAUUGUUGGUUUAGCUAUUUAAAUACACAAUUAUUAGAUUACGUGAUUUGCCGAAACUAUAGGAAUAUACGAGUAUUUAUAUUUAUUUCUUUAGGUACAAAUAUUAAAAUAAAUAAAAAAACAAUUCAUUUGGCAAACAUACUUAAAAGCAAUUAAUAAAUUGAAUACACGACUAUUUUUGUUUUUUUUUUUUUUUAAAUUUCUGCAUCGAGAAUAGAUGCGUUAACUUUCAAAAGUUUUCUGCCUGUCUAAACAUUUGAAUUAUCAUUUAAUGUUAUUAACGGAAUUUUUGUUGAAAAAGUUCAUAAGUAUAUAAUAGAAAAGAAAUACUUAAUUUUUAAUAAUCCGUGAUUAACAAAUUAAUAAUAUAAAAAAAAAAAAAAAAAACAAAAACUCUUUUUCAACACUGACGCGCAGAAGUGACAACGCGCAAGCUGCAUUAUAUAGUUAGUUAUCGACGUAAAUAACAUCGAACUCGUCGCGUCUAGUGAGACGAAAAAUUGAUUUGAUCACACUUGGGAGGAGGGGGUUGUACCUUCGUCGGGGUCGCUACUACAAAAUUUGUGCGGAUCAUACAACGAAUUCCCGGCACCGGUUUCGAGUGGUAUUUCGUACGGCUCCGUUUUUAAACCGCCGUCGUCGUUGUCGUCGGUUUUUCCCUUUCUGUUCGCGUACACCGCGCCGCCGCCGCCAAUUAGACGCCCACGAAAACGCAUUCCGGCAACUGCGAUAUUAUUUAAAAUACCACAACCGCAGUGCACAACUACUACGGGCGUAUAAUAUUAUACCUGUCGUACUUACAAGCACAUCGUUAUAAAUUAUACAGUGAAGGUACACGCGUAUGACGUACGCGAACGAGAUUAACGGUACGCUAUAAGAACACUAAUUAUAACGCCGACGUCCGUAUUAAAAUUUCAACGGCAGCAAUUAUUAUCGCGUGUGUAACGAUGGACUCGUUUCUUAUGCUGCGCGCGGGUUUUACUGCGUUUAAUGUAACUGCGUUUGUGUGGGAUCAGAAACCUUGCCCCGACCGUCCGCAUCGAGGGACGGUUUCUUCGUACACUGAAUUUCGUCCGGUUGGUGCGCCGGGAAGGUAUUAUGUCUUUCCUUGUAAAGAUGGUUCCUUGUUAGUUUCCUAAACAAUAUCGAGGGAAAACCGGAAAACCGGGAAUAUUUAUGCGGCAACGGUUUAUGUUAUUUGUAACCGGGAGAAAAAUUAUCUCGGAGACCGGAAAUUUUCACCGAACACUUGAAAAUUAACACUUUCAAGCCGCAGCUCGAAGUGAUGUUCAAACCGAGACCAAGCUUAAUGCGUUCUCGGUUUUAUCGCAAGUCUUGCUUUAUUCGCAAAAUUCAUAAAAAUAAACAAAAUAGCUACAUACCAUACGGGUGAUACGACUUUACAUUACAAUAAUGGGCAAAUAACUCAUUAGCACAACGACGCACGGCGGUCUUUUUCGGCGAUUGUGUGUCCGAAACCUUUUUCAUCUGCUCGAUCGUCACCAUGAUGGCGCAGUGCUGGACACGGGCUAUCCGGGUCGUUAAUAAUUUACAUUACUACACAUCAUAUAUACAGAAUCUUAACGUAUCCCGAUUUCAAUAUCGUGUGAUUUCUGCACCGUUGAAUUCCAAGACUGUUGCGCGGUAUUGGUCUUGGUAUUGCUAGUGUCAGUAAACCAUCUUACAACGGUCUUGUUCUCGCAGCAACACCAAGACCGUUAUCGCAUUCUAUAGACGCGUGGUAACAUUUUCAAAAUAUACUGGCGUUUUUUCGAGUAAAGAAAUGUUUUUUUUUUUACAGGUGUUCCGGAUCGUUUUACGGGGCGCAGUGCGAGAUCGACGGGGAAGUACUGAGCGUAGCGGUCGGCUCGUCGGUGGCGGCCAUCUCCAUUAUCGUGCUGACGCUCGUGUGCCUUUGCGCGUGGAGCCGCCGGUGGAACAAAGAACAAAAGGUCGGAUCGCCGGUGUUCGGAUACAUGCCUACUGGCGGCAGUACGGUAAAAACGCCAGUAAUCGGCGGCCCGCCGUACCAGGUGUCCAUCGAGGACCGCAUGCGAUGGGCUCAGAUUGCCGACGCUAUGGCGCACGCCAACCAUUACGCCGUAAGUAACCUUGUCUAACGACAUUUAAAAAAAAAAAAAAACCCUUCCUUGGGUCGCCCCGGUGAGUACGCUUAUACUAGUGACGUUAUUUCGCGGCUUUUGGAUAUUGGCAUCGCGAAUAAUCGGAUACGUCUUAUAUAAAUCGGCAAACGAUAACGAAUUAUAUUACGUAUCAAUAUAGAACCGGAAACAUAAUGCCUCGUAAAACCCGCAAAAAUGUCCUUGAAAGAAAAAAAUACAUAUAAAUCCAAAAUAGCACGCCAAUACAAUUUACCAAAAUACGAACCAAAUAACAUUAAAAUCGAAACGAAUGUUCUCGUUCUUCGAAAAUAUACACGAAACGAAUUCGUAACAAAACGAGCGUCGCGAAAAACUUGGGAUUGACAACGCUAAGUGUGUUUACACCUUCCCGCGACAAUAAGCCUCGUAGUAAAAACAUUACUGUAUACAAUGACAGAAUUCCGGAUUCGCCGCGUUAUUUGCACUGGGCACGGGCACGAUUUUUGUUCGUAAUUUUCGUUGUCGAAUCGAAAACGCUAUACCGCGUCUGUCUUUCGGUUUUCAGCCCGAACCGGGAAACGGUACCAUGCGGUCCAACAUGUUCGGAUAUGCGGGCGCUCCGAUGCCGUUGCCUAGGCUCCGGCCACCCGGCACCAGUACCAUUUCGCACGCUUUCCGCACGCCCGAGUCGAGCACCAGCGAAGAAGAAGACCGGACCGACUUGCUAGGCCGAAGUUUUCAGACCUCCAGGCCGAAAAGCAGAUCGUCCUUAGCCGUAAGCAUCAUAAUAAUAAUAAUAAUAAUAAUUACGUGUAUACGUUUUAUUUCCGUAUGGGACAUAGUAUUAUUAUCUCAUAAAUUUAAUCCGAAACUCGCGGUAAUUAUGUAUGAUAUUGUAAUAAUGUGUAAUUAGAGUCGGGCGAGCAUAGCAGGCUUUUUGAAAUCGAAACGAGUAUUAAUUUAUUUGAGCCGUACUCGAAAACUGCCGUGUUUUAAAUUGUACACGUAUCGGGGGUAUCUAUACUAGAAUAUUGCAGUCACUAUCACAGACUGUUGGAUAUAAUGAUAGUAUUGCAGAUGGGUACCAAUCGAUAAUGGGAAAUGGGAGAACGGUAACAUAAUAACGUUAUCAUAAUACUAAAAACAAAAAAAAUAACAAUAUAUUUUUGUAAAUUCAAACCAUCAUCACCAUGUUGUUCUUAUAUACAUAGAUAUACUAUGUAUUUUAAAUAAAACAAGUCUAAUACUCAAGAAUUCGAGAAAAGUCAAGUAAAUAUUUACAAAAACAAAAAAAAAAAAUUAUCCAGUCGAAAUCGAGUAGGAACUGCAAGUCUAAUAUUUAUAUUCAGAAACAAUUUUAAAACAAAUUGAUAAUUGAAUAUAUUUUAUGCAAGUACGGUUUAUAUCAAACAUCAUGUUUUCUAACUUCUUUUUGUAUAAUGAUUGCUUUAUCGUUCGAAAAGUUGUUCUUAAACUUUCGUUUCGUUUCUUAAACUUUUUAUUACUCGCGAUCUAAUUCUGUAUUCCGAAUAUAUUUGGUACGGUUGUUUGAAAUAUCGGACUAGUUUUAAUCAAUUAGUAAAAAAGUCGUUUUCAAAGACACUGAACAUCUUAUAUUUUCGUGUUGAUAUUAUUACGUAAAAAUUCCUACAUUGCGAUUUGUUCACUUCCUCGAAUACCCAUCAGCAGGAAGUAAAAAACAAUGUUAUUGUUUUUUUUUUCAUUGUUUAACUAUUACUAUAGUCGGUUGACAGUUGUUUAAGUGUUCUAAUUUUUGCCAUUUAUACCUAUAUAUGAUAAAGUAAAUCGACAGAACCAACAUAUUAUAUAGGGUAUAGGUAGAUUAAAAAAAUUUAAAAAAAGCCCCAUAUUAUAUACCUUUAAUAAUAUUGCUUCUAUAAACUGCGAGGAGUAAUAGUUGUGGAGACAUAACUUCUUUAUAAAUUUGGAUCCUAAUAAAAAUCCCGACACCGCGCUAUAGUGGAUACGUUUAAAAAUUAUAAAAACUUAAAACAUACCACCGGUUAUUGCUUAGAAUCUGAAUUUAGCCAAAAGAAAUAUGUUUUAAUUUUACUAACAUGGUUUUUUUUCUCGGUAAACACUUUUUCUGUUAGUAAAAAUGCUCCAAAUCGUAACCUUAAAAGAUUUGUUCACCCGAUAAUAUUUUAUUAAUUAUAACAAUUUUUUAGAUUUCCGACUGUCUUUAACAACAAAAGAACUGAUAAAAAUGACAACGAUAACUCAGUUUUAUUUUUGUUGAUUUUUAAGUCUUCCCCGAGCUAUCUCAAACCAAACCUUUGAAUUAAUUCAGUCUUAUUUUAUAUAAUCGAAAACCUAUUGGUUUUUAGUCCUGUGUAUUUUCAAAAUUCAUAAUUAUAUUAUGUCUAUGCACCAGACCUUACCGGUUUACCGAUUCCCACUCAAAAACGUUUUUUUUAUUGCAACGGUUUACUGUUCCUUUCAGUAUACCUGUAUACUGUUAACUAAAUUACCCUACAUACUAUUUAUAAUAUAUACCGAUUAGCGAUUCCUUUCCAACUUAACACCUACAAUAGUGGCCCAUCCAUUGUUUAAAAAUAUCGUAUUUUUAAUUUUUAACACACGUACCAACACAAGUAAGUAAAGUAGUUUAAUAAUAUUUUAAUUUAAUAAUUUAAUAAAUAAUAUUAUUGCAAUUUUGGCUAUUUAUCAAAAAUAUUUUAAAAACUGUCCCCAAUAUUAAUUCGUUUGCACAUUAUAGAUAUACGAAUUGAUAAUAUCAUUCACUACUUUCACUUCUGCGGACAAACAUAGAGAAUAUUACGCCAAAUCAGCGUAAUAGAGUCCAUUGCUAUUUUGAACAUAAAUAAUAAUAACAAUUUCGUUUUCUCAAUUUGAUUCGAAUUAUAUUCAGCAUAUUAGGACGAUUAAAAUACUGAACGUAACAAAAGUCGAAACUAUAAACACUUAUAAAAAUAAAAUGGUGUGCAUUUGUAUUGCUCCCUUUUAUUGUUCUCGGCUAUAAGUUUAAGAAUAAUAAUAAUAUAUAAUAAUAUUUUAAAUUAUUAUCAAUUUGCAAUGGUUUUAUAAAAUGACUCUUGUACAAAUUGGUCGGAUAAAUCAGAAUUAGAUGUAAUUCGGAUUAUUAAAUUUUUAAAGCGAUUUGAGAUUUUUAAAAUGUAUUAUAAUACAUGACGUACUCGUAUAUAUUAUUAUAUUCUUAUUUUAUAGAUAUCUUAUAGAUAUAAUUAUUUACCUACAAUUUUAGUAAAACUGAAAUAAAAACUUUAUAAAAACUGAAAAUUUGACAUAAACUUGAUUCAUACUUAACUAGGUAGGUAUACCUGUACUAUAUACUAAGACGUUUCCAAUCCCUUCGUUCGUUUUAAAAUUAGCCUUUUUUGAUUGGUGCGAGAUUUCUGGUAGAAAAUAUUAAACAGACACGAGAAUAAAAAUAAAAGAAGCACGCAUAUUAAUAAAUUACUAUCAAUACAUUCAUCUCUGGCUCAAAACCUAAUACACUUUUAAAUGUUUAAUGCAUAUUAGAAAUUGUACCAGAGUAACAAAAUAUAUUUCACUAAAUAGUAGGUAUCUAUAAUUUUAUUUGUAGAUUUAUUUCAUUAUAAUUGUGAAUUUGUCAAUGAUUUUAAAUGUAUAAUAAUAAUAGCACAUAAUUUUGAGGAUUGAGGCGAAUGUCCAAUAACGCUAUCUUAGCUCUCUAGCGGCUAUGUGUCUGUACUUCUUUCUAAUUUUAAUUUUUAAUUUUGUUUUUUUAUCGCGAAAUUUUCAAAAACUCAAUUACGCGAAACAAUUUAACCAGGCAAUUCUACCUGCGUAUAAUAUUAUUUAAUUACGGUCAAAACUCAAACGUUACCUACUUUACACUAUUGACGUAAGUAAGUAUGUGGACCUAUGUAUACCGAUGAAAACAUUAAUUAAUUUUUAAAUUAAAUGUGUCCGACCAAUAUUGUUAGUUAAUAUAAAACCACCAAAUAGUUAUGUAACAAAAAACGUGGACAUUACGAUAAAACAUAAUAAUGAAAUAAUAACUGCUCUCUUCGCUCGCUCGUAAUAUCCAUGACUGAUUGUUGAAAAAAGAACAAAUAACUAAUAUAUCAAACAACUAUAACAAAUAACAAAUACACACCAAUGUAUUACCGGAGACAAAAUAUUUUACCACGAUAACGGGAUUUCGAACGGUAGAAAUGCACGAAAAUCAAUGACAAAAUGCAAUUACUAUGUCACGUUUCAGUUUUACAAAGGCGCGUUCGGAAACUUAUGCAUUAAAUAACUAGGAGAGAAUAUGAAAUAUAUACAGCGCGGAAAUUUAAUAAUAUACGAGUUUUACGUUCCCGGGAAAUGCCCGCAUUGUAACGCGUAUGAUAAUAAUAAUAAUAAUACAAUCGCAUUAAUUUCGUCUUCGCAGUACUGUUCGGAUGAAAAAAAAAUUACGCAAGUAUACCUAAAUAUAAUUUAUUAAAUUUGCUUUAAAAUGUUUUUCGUACAGACACUGACCCGAUGUCUCUUGUAUAAGAAAAUCAUUAAAAAUGCAUACCCGCGAGCGUGUAUAUUAUUAUAUUAAAACUUAUACAAAAGUGUAUAGGUAUAUAAUGUAAAUUUUAAACUAUAUUAUACUCGUAUUUUCGUUUAUAAUAAAAUAAUAUAAUAUUUCGUCGAAGAAAAUCUCUGAACUUAAAAUUACCGAUAUGCACUAUCGCAUUAUAAUGAAUAUAGCUAUUUUACGUUGUUAUAAUAAUAAUACAAAUAAUAAUAUUAUGAACAACAAUAACCAUACAAGGUUAUUAUUAUUAUGUCUAAAGCACUUAAAACUUUAAGUACAAUAUAUAAGUAAACCGUUAUUAACCAUAAAAAAAAAACAUGAUUUAAAAAAAAAAAAAAAAUGAUACAAUACCAUCUUAUACAAUAAGGCCUAAUUUUUAACGCGUAAAUAAAAUCAAUUUAGAAUAAUUUUUGUGUUUACCCCGGAAAAAUUGCGUGAAAUAUUUCAUUUCAAAAUAUAUACCUAUACUGUAUAUGUGAUUCCCCCCUCCUCCGCGUGAAAUCAAUGAAUUCAUUCCUUAUAAAAAAUAAUUAGGUUUGACGGUUGCGUCUUUUAUUUAUUUUUAUUUUUUCAUGUUCUUUAAACGACAAAAUCAUUUUUUCUGCAAUAACUUCCGACAAAAGUUAAUAAGUACACCGAAUGACAGAACCUAUUCGUCAUCAUAGAAAUCACUGCGGCGGCGGCGGCUGUAUAUUUUCUAUUAUCGGUGCAAUUGUAAUAAUAAUAUUAAAUUAUUUUUUUUUUACACGUAUUAUUAAACCGUAAGCGGCGUUGCACGUUUCGUGUAAACUGCGGCGUUUAAUAAUAAAUUAUUAAAUGUCUGAUAUAGACAUUAUAUAGACACUUACGAUAAAUUUUUUUUGGCACAGAACUCGAAAAUGUUCAAUUAUUUUUGUCAUUAGACAUAAAACUCAUCACAAGGCUGUACAAAAGACAUAUUUUAAAGGGGAUGAUAUUUCUUUCUGCUUGUCAAAUAUUUGUUCGUCAAUUUUCAAUAAUUUGUAUAUUUAUAUUAUUUGGGUUUUUUUUUGGUAUACCUUAUUAAUGUAUGCCAUCGAGAUGCGUCGACUUUAUUUACAGUAGUCAUAUACUUGUAUAAAAUAAUAUAUAAUCUAUAUAAUCUACAUUCGUUCUAUCAUUUUCUUUCUCUUCUAUAUAAAACAUACACACGAGUGUCAUCAUUUUGAUAAUACUAUUAUAAAACAAAUCGAACAAUAAAUUAUGUUUGUAAUGUUUAUGUAUUAUUAACUAGCUGUCCCGCUCGACAUUGCCCGUGUCAAUUAUAUAUAUUUUUUUACCCAUAUUCCUAUUUGAUUUUGACCGUGUCAGUAAUGAAUAAAAACAAAUAGGUGAAAAGUGGGUAGUCCACCUUUGGCAGACUAAAAGUGUUCUGCUAUGACAUUUGUUCAUGAUUUUAAUAUGAAAAAUUUCGAAACCUCAAAUUUUGUUUUUUUUUUUUUUGGAAAGGGACGGGUAGGAAGAUUGGUGGGUUUUAAAGGAAGUGAAGCCUUUACUAAACUAUCAGGGAGUGGGGACGCUCGACAGCGGGAAAGCGCGCGUGUGUACCGUAUUAUAGCUAAUCGUCGCUCCGUCAUCGCUAAUCUUUUUGCCCUUCUCGUUGAGCGGCCAAUAUUGGAUUUCCUUUUGGGCAUUUUGUCAGACGAAUAGCAAUUGGAAAAAAUAUAAGUGAAAAACUGGCAUGUAGUCGAGUCACGUGAGUGAAUCUCUAUCUACGCGCGAAUAAUAGCGUUAAAAUUAUUUAUUAUUUACGUAUUAUUUAUUUCAAAAAUUAAAAUGUUUUAUUAAAUAAUUUCGUAAAGACAUUUUAUAACAAAAAAUGUUAUUGCUUAAUAUAGCACAUAAAUCUUUAUAAUUAUUUGUAUUUAUAUUGAUUACCAUAGAUACCUACAAUUGGUAUGUUUUAACCAAUCUUUUUAAUUUUUUUUUUGUCAUUUCAUCCGUGUUACUAAGAUAAUCCAUAAAAAUAAAUAAUUUAAUAAUAUCUAAAAACCGAAUUUGAGGAGAUGAUUUUUUAUAGGAGACGGAUAUCAAUAACUAUAAACUUUCUCCGGACAACGCGGAUCAUUUUGAGAAAACCACGUAAAUAUUAAUCCACUCGUUUUUGAUAUCAGCCGUUAAAAAGAUUUACAUUACGUUACAAUUUCACACUUAUAUACUAUACUCAAACCGAAUCUAAAAUAAUCUGAAAUCUCACAUGGAUUCUGUAUUUUUCUCUGGCGACCAGAUCUGAAAAAUUAUGUUUUUGACAUAACGUUUUUUUUUUUUUUUUUUAAAUAAAAAUGAAACAGUUUUGUUUCUGUGGUUUCCUGUUUACAAUCUAUGCAAAAAAAAAGUAAAAAUGUUUUUUUCUUUUAGUUUUCUGAGCUAUUUAACUAAUUUUUCUUUUCAUAAAAACCUUUCUUAGGGUUAAACGAAUAUUUAAAAAAAUAAACAGCCAAAUCAGUUCAGCCAUCCUCAAGUUUUGCGCUUACCAAUGUUUUGAGCGAUUUAUUUUUAUUUAUAUAGAUAGUACCCAUAUAAUGAUAAUUAUAAUAAAAAUCAUUUAAUUAUAAUUUACAAUUUGACAUUCGAUUCCCGUCGAAAUUAUUAAUCCACUCACACGUAUUUAUUGAUUUACCAGAAUAUAUACCGAUGGUUAAUUCGAUACGACAAAUCGAAUACAUUUUUUUGAUGCUUAUUAAGUUUUUAUGUUUAACUAAACGCGAAUUAGAUUGAUGCGCAUUAGCGAUUCCAUGAUGUAUGCGUGGUACCUAUGUAUAAUAUGACCGCGUCUAAAUCAUUUGAUAAUUGGUAUUUUUUUUUUUUUCUGUCCACGUACAGAAUCAGAGUGGAAUUUACUACGACGUGGACUACGAACAACAACAGGGUGAAACGACGUUCUCGCCCGGUUGCAUUCCGCUGAGCACGUACACGAUUGGCAGCCGCUCAAACUACUACAGAUGAUCAUAUUAUCGCGUUUGGCGCGACGACAACGGCCAGGACGAGAACCAUUGCAGACGUCUACGGCGACGAAUAUUACAAUAUAAAACAACGAUAGUAUUCGAAAUAUUAUAAACGAUUUACAGACUGAGGACACAAAACAUUUUAUUUACUAUAAAUACACUACAUAAUAUAUAUUAUAAUAAUUAUUACUAUAUUUACAAUGUACACUCCUAUAAUGCCAUUAAAAAAAAAAAAAAAAAAAACAACGAAUUCUCAUACGCUAUAUUAUUAUUAUAUUCGUGUAUUACACGUGUACGCGGUGUACGAUCGUUCAAAAACCUCAAAUAUUAUAUUAUAACAAUAACUGUGUGAAAAUUCGAUAAAAUUAUUAUUAUAAUAGGUAUCCGAUCUGCGGGUCGAAUUUUACGCGACUCCCGGACGUGACAUCGCCGAUCCGAGUGAUAUCCGCGCGGCUCGGUAAUGCCACUCCGAGAACGGUUACUAUUGUACCAAGUGUAUUUACGUGUUGCGAUAUUAUUACACAGAGUGUAACUGCAGGAUUCGACGAUUUCCGAUGUAAGGCGUAUAGGAAAAUGUCAAAUCCUGCAGAUAUCAUUAUUAUAAUAUUGUAUAUUAUGACUCUAGGCGCGGAUACACAAUUCAACGACCAUACACGUAAAACCAAAUGCACGUGUGUGUGUAUGUGUGUGCGCGUGUACGUGUCUUUUUUUUUUUAAAAUUUAAAUUAAUUUAAUUUACAUCAGUCAACGUAAUAAAAAUAGGUAUAUCUCCACGUAAAGUGUAUAGUAUUGUUUAUAAUAUAUUUAAUGAUAAUUUGUAUGUACAUAAAAAAAAAUAUAGAUACAUAAUAAUAUAGGUAUACGAAUAAGUAAAAUAUUAUGUAGAAUAUAAUAGGUAAUUUGAAAAAGUGUUGGAAAGAUCUAUACAAAACGCGAUCGUUUAUAUUAACAUAAUACGGACAUAUAAGUAUGUCCAAUAAUACUAUGUACUUGAACAAUUUUUUUCGAGGGGGUCCAAUCAGUUACAUAUCACAUUACUCGUAUAAUAGAACGCAAAUUAACCACCUAUUUAAAUAAAAAAUAAAAACUUUAUUUAGAACGAUAACUCAAGAUUUCCUGAAAAUUCGAAGAGGCCGCCGCCCCGAAUACGCCACUGUACUUAGGGGUUCGUACCUGCUUUAUAUUAUAGUUCAUACCGACGGUUAAGAGAGGUCGUCGUUCUACACGUGUAUUUGUCGUCUCUGUCUAACAAACUCGUACAGCAUACCAAAUUUACAAUAGGCAGAACCAAUUCCGGGCGUUUAGUUUUCAUAUACUAGAAUUAAUUGACCUAUUAUCAAACUCAAAGACUGUGUUGUUUGUGUUUACACGGCGAGUUUGUCCGAUAUUUUAGUUUUUAAGCGGGAUAAAGCAUUUUUAAAUUGUAAUAUUUCACUAGCUCGUCUUAUAACUCACUUAAAAAUCAAAAUAACUAAAAAUACCAACUUUUCAUAAUUCCUUUUAAAUUUGAUAAUAUAACGCAAUUCACUGUAUUAUUGAAACCAACAGCCCAAAAUCGGUUCUGAUGCCAUUUCGUUUGCUAUUGGACGUAGUGUACAAUUAGUAAUAUAUUUUAAUUAUUUUAAGUAGGUACUUAAAAUUUUCGUAAUGCUCAGCGUUCCCGAAAAGUUAAAAUAUCACCAAAUUUGUAUUGGUAAAGUAAUAACUGAAGGCGUAUAAUAUUACACACAUAAAGUUAAACUAUUUGGCUAAUUGUAUGACUUACACGAAAACGUCUGUAUAAUAUACCUAAUUAAUUUUACUAACGAUUCAUAUUUUUCGCUGUACGAGUAUAGGUAUGUGUUACGCAGAAUAUUAUGUUUGUCAGUGGUUAUUUUUUGUUAUAAUUAUUAUUUUCCAUUAUCGUACGUAUAAUUAUUAUAAAAGGUUGUAUCUUGGGGAUAAAAAAUCCCCACAAAACGAAUAUCCAAACUUUCAAGAAACGUUGCGUGUCGUUGUACAAUAUUAUUAUUACCAGCAUGGGUAGGGUUAAGACGUUUAUGAACUAAAACAUGAUUACAUAUUAAAUAUUAUGUACACACAGUACACUAAAUUUGAAAAAAGGAAUCCUACGAUACAUAUUAAAUAUAUUGUAUACAUAAUAUAUCAGUGGCUUGAUUCUAAAAAGGCAAUCUCACGUUUUGACCUAACCUAGUCAUAGAGGCCAAUAUAAUAUACAUUUUGAUACGUUUUUUCUUGUAUUAAAACGGCGUGUCUAAAGCAGAAGUGGUAACUGAGAUACCAAUUAAAUUUGAUACUUUGAAAAAUAAAAUGUCUAAAAUAAUUUUGAUUUCAAAACCUAAAAAAAGUUUAAAUAUUACCGAAAGUUGUAAAACUGAGAUUGGCCCUUUUAGAACAUAUUAUAUUAUAAUAAUUUUGCAAUGCAUAUUUUGCUCACUUGUCAUUCAUAUUCAGCAAUUGUAUUCAUUGUUUACUGCAUUUAGCAUCCCAAACUAAAUCAUGUAACACUAAAUGUAUUUUAUAAAUACCUACACCAUCAAGAGAAACGGCUCAAGGGAAAUCUAUAUACUGCAACAGUGCAAUAAUUUCACUGAUGUGUAUUUACACUGCGUAUAAUAGUCUUGAACACGGGUGCCAUAAAUGUUUCCCCCCCCUUUUUUUUUGUUUAGGUUCGAAAAUGUCACGUUUCUUUUAUGAUAUUAUUAUUCCAUUAUGGUAUAACAUUAUGUAUAAUGAUUACAAUUAGGUAUCUAUUUUUUUUAUGAUAUAUUUAUAAAACUUUCACUAAUAUACUCGUAUUAUUAAAUGUAUAUGUACAGUCGAAUUUAUAUUUCGGUGAUGAUACUAUGUUAUUAAAAUUUCGAGUGUAAACAUAAUAUUAGUAUAUUAUAGAUUUGUGUAGAUUUUUCUAGCACUUGAUUGUUUUUUUUUUUUUAAUUUAUUUAUAUAUACAUUUAUUAUACAUAAUUUAUUAUAAUACAACGAUUUAAUGUUAUGUUUGUUUUAUUGUAAAUUUGUCUGAACUAUAAACACUAUGAUGCGUAUAGAUAAUAUAAUAUAAUCGUAUUUGUUGCGUACAUGACGCAUACACCUGUUAGAACCUUAUUAUACCAGGGCCACCAGUAAGGAAACCUUACGGGACCCGAGAGUUGCGGUUUUUUGUGUAUAACCUUAAACCCCCUUCCUGAAAUAUUUUUUUAUAAAUACACCUGAAUGGAUAAAUGUUAAAUAGUUAGAUAGGUAUGCCAAUAAUUAAGCCCAGAUUAAGGGGGGGAGGGAAGCCACGGCCCCCGGGCCUCGAUAGUUUGAAUUAAUUUAGGGGCCUCAGAUUUUUCUAUUACUUUUUUUGUUAUAGACAUAAAUCACCUAAAACAAAUCGUAUGAAACGUCACAUAUGUACAAAAGUAUAUCUAUUAUAAUAGAUAGGUAUAUAUAAUAACAAUAUAUACAUUUUUUUGUUCUUACAAGGGCCUCAUUAAAAACUUUGGACCCUUGGCCUCAAAAUUUCUUAAUCUGGGCUUGCCAAUAAUAAAUUGUAUAUUUUGUUUUGUAGAUUACAAUGUGGG